UACCCUUCAUUAAAGCACCAAGUGUCUGGAUUUAAAGGGGAGUUGGGAUAGGUCUGUCUGAACCCAGUCAGGUCUUUUAGAUCUGCCAGGCAACCUAACAGCUAACAAGGCCUCUUUAUUUGCCUACUCAGCAGGUUAGAUAAGAUAGAAGACACUUGAGCCAAGUAGUGUGACUGUGGUGGAAAGUAGGGAUGAAGAUCAAAACCCUCCAACCACAAAGUUUGACACGCCUUCAUGUCGUGUGAAACCCACAAAGAAUAAUCAAUUAGUUCAAUAUAAUGGAUAAGGAAAGGGUUGAAUCUGUUUUAUGGGCAUAAAAAUUGACCUGCUGGUAACAGAUAGUAAACUAUCAUAGUGAACUGAAGUUAGUUUAAAAAAAAAAAAGGGAAAUAGAUUAAAAUUGAGGAUGAGAGUGAAAAGGCGUCGUUAAAAAAGGGCCUUUUUUUUCCAAUUAGCACCCAUAACAUCAAUUUCAGAUCGCUCCUCAUUGGCUCUCAGUGUUGCUAAGUUUCCAGUGUCAUCAUAUGAUAUAUACACGUCUCUCUGUGGUGAUUGUUGAAGUUGUGAUUUUAUCUACAUGCUCAGUGUUUGCUUUUAUUCAAGGACAGUCUACAAAAGAAAUUUUUACAACAAUGGAAAGAAAUUGUUCUGGACCAGGAAUUAUACUAUGAAAAAAAAGUACUUAGUUUUUUGUUAUUUUUUUCCCUCUGUUGUUUACUGAGUAGUAAUCAAAAAUCCUAACCCUUCUUAUUGAUCCAUAAGGGAGAAACGACAUUGACAUGCACCACACUAUUCCAAUAGUUGAGCUAUUUUUAUCUGAGAUUGCUUUGAGCACAGCUAAAAAGAAAACUGGGACAGAGUCUUCAAUUUACUGCAUUGGGUUUUGUUCAGGAAUUAGCUGCUGUCAGCGUCAAAUAAUGACAUUUGUGGACACAGACCCCAAUCUACACAUUUGUUCUGAUUUUUUGUUUGAAUGGAUUUGUGUCCUGUUUAACACCAUACUUUUGGGUUUCAGGACCUGCAUAGUUGAAUAUCAUAUACUCUAUGUUUUUUCACAGAUGGGAUCAUUAAGUGAUUUUUGUUAUAUGUUUUAGAUGAACCUUCAGAGGCAGGUCUUCUGCAGCCAGAGGUGCCUUUCCUGUGACAGUUCAGUAAAGGAGCCGGGGCAUUAAUAAAAGAUGAAUCACUCUGUACGAUGGCAUUCUCUGUGGACCUGAAUAGAUGGGUAUUCAUUAUCACAGCUUUGUAAGCCCCUCUCACAACCUAAAGCCCCAGAUAAGCGGGAUGUUUUAACAUCAGUUUUUUAUAAGCAUGGCCUUUGACCUUUUAACCUUUUCAGCACUUCAUUGAGCUUAUUAGCCUCACCUCACUCUCUUCUCUGCCCUAAAUACUCACUUAAAUCCCCUACUCUGAACUUGUACCAUCAAAUGAUCGUGUUAUCAUUUUGACACAUUCUGCAGACUAUUUAGGCACAAAAAAUACUCACAGCUAUAGUGGAGAGACACACCCUGUGUGGUUAAAAAAACUGAAGGUGUAAUGAAAAUCAGGAUAUGACUAAGCUUUCACUGUAUGGAGCAGCUUAUUGUGCUCAUUUAAAGCCUUAUGUUGGAAUAGGGUGAGAGAAAACAUCUGUGAGCUAAACAUGCAGUCAUUCUUAAAAAUACACACGUUUAUUCUCAAAGACAGGCCUCCCAGUUCAAGUUUUCUUUGAAGCUUGUCUGUCUGACCUGUCUGACCUUUCUACACCUUAAAUCUGUGGAGUUGGCUUACCCUGUUAAAGUGAGUUACUCUUUAUAUUUGACAGCUCUCCCUCCCAGUAAAAUGAGGCAUCAAAAAGAGGAUAUAUACCAUCUUGUGGAUAAGCUUUUACUGAUCAGAAUGCUAUGAUACCCCUUACAAAUCCAAACAUUUAACAUUUAACAUCAAACAUUUAAAGUUUUGGUGUAUUUUUUUAAGAAAGAGGAGGAGAAAUAUCCCUGCAAUGUGAGGCCUAAAUUGUGUUUAUUUAGUUCAAGAAACUGUUGUGAACUUUUCUUUGUAGAGUAGUGUCAGUGGUGGAGGGCAGGGUCAGUUAAUCAGCGUGGGGAGAUCAGCUGUAAAGCUGGGAGAGAAUGAUUAAAUGAGAAAGUUUUUUACCAUGAGUGGGGAGAGAAAAUUGUGCCACUCCCCCCUACACCUCCUCCCAACCCAGAGUGCUCUGCAACAUCUCCCUCCUUUGCUGGGGAGCACAGGAAAGGAGAAGAAAAGAAACUCAACCGCUCUCAUUUUCAUAGACAUAUAGAAAUAGGACAACAAAAAAAUCCCAGCAUCAAUACGGCACAUCGGCAUUUCUACAGGAUCGGGGAAUGAAUUACUUGUGAUAUUUGUUGUUGGAUAUUUAUCUUUUUACAUCACAAACUGCUAUCACCAUUCUCAUCAUUGUUUUGACUUCAUCAUUAUUGUCAUCAUAAAGACCAAAAAUCAUCUUCAUCCUUGAAGGUAAGUCUGAUCACAAUCAUUUAUUCUUGUUUCUUUCUAUAGAAUCAAGGUUUUGUCCUGAAACUGGAGAAUUUAGUUUAGAGUUGAAGUUUGCUGAAAGUCCUGUGUACUCUGUGUGGUGGAUUUACACAGCCACAAUACAAUAGUGGGCUUUGUUUGAGGGGGUUAAGGCAUUAUGCCCUAAUACUGCUCUACAGAAAUACAAAAGCUAUACAGAAGUACAAAAGCUUUAUAAAAAUCCCUGUCCACUAAUACAUAACCAGCUGUGUGGAUUUUAUAUUAUGUUGUAUACAUCCACAUAGAUUAAUACCUGAUACUGAGUGUUGAAAUGCUUGAAAAACAAAAAUAAAAAACAAAAACAAAAACAAAACCCAAACAUCUAACACACAAAAUUCUAUCUUGCAUUGUUUUUUUUUCCUUUUUCCGUUGAGAUGUACCUAUCCCAAAUCUCUUACCGCCGUGGAAUAAGGGUGGAAAAAUUAAGAAAGCAGUUUGUGCUUGUCGUCACACACAGCCACAGGCAGGAUGUUAAACAAAAAGGCUGAUUCUUGUCUGUGGUGAGGAAUAUCACAAGCACUGGAUAAGACUUCUAUGUGAGGUACAACCAAAUAGCAACCGGCUAUCACUGAUACUGUUCUCAUUGAGGAAAAAGAGAUGCAAGUUAACCCGAGAUUGAUGGUGCUCAAUGAUCUGUUUUUCGGGGGUCUGUCAAUGAGAAAUAGUUGUACGACUCUAAUAAAGAAACAAUAUUAAAAUAGUGAUGCUGUGUAAAAUGUCAUUUAGCAGAUCGUGAGUUUUUGAAAUUCAUUUAAAGCCACAGCUUAAUUGAAAGAAACACAAAGUCGAUUUUGACACUGCACCUUUUUUUUGAAAAAUACAUGAUUGCAUGCACUUUAAAUUUGAAACCAGUUAAAUAUUUCUAAAAAGUUAAGACAGGGGCGUCAAAAAACAGAAAAAGUAAUAUAAUGCAGAAAGAAACACCUGGAGGAACAUCUCCCGUCUAGUUAGGUGCAACAGGUUAUUAGUAACAUGACUGGAUUUCACAAGGGCAUUCCAGAGAGGCGGAGUCUCUCAGAGGUAAAGAUAAGAAGAGGUUUAUCCCUCAGUAUGAGACUGUGUGCGCAACAAUGGCACAUAAUUUGAGUAUUUAAUCCUCUGCACUGCACUGACUCUCAAGUGGAAAUUACUGCAUGGGCUUAAAAUCACUUGACAUGAUAUGAAAUCAUAAACAAUUUCCAGAAAUACCGGUGGCUUCUCUGACUCUGGGCCCGUUUAACUCUGACAGUGAAGACGUAGAAAACAAAACUGGAGUCUAAUGAAUCAAACUUUACUUAAAAAAAAAUACCACAGAUGUCAUAUUCCUUAACUGUAUAUGGAUGGGGAAUCAACGUUGUUAGCUGUGGUUGGGGCAGCUGCGGUUCAGUGGUAACACUGAUCAUCUUUGAUGGUUGGAGUUUUGAUCUCAUGUCCUUCUGUGCCUAAGUGUCCUUGGGCAAGAUAUACGAACCCAAAUUGCCUCCUCUGGCUGGUGGUGUAAAUAGAUUUUACUAAAACUAAUGUGUACUCAUUACAUAGCAGCCAUAGAAGCCAUCAGUGUGUGAAUGUGAUGUUAUGAUGUGAUGUUAUGAUGUAACAUGUGUAAAUGUGAACGCACUUUAAGUAGUUAAGAAUACUAGAGAAAGAGCUGCAGUAUAUAUACACAGUCCAUUUACCUUUUAUCACCCUGCUUGUAAUCAAGACAUGGUUUAAAAGCCAGCGUCUGUGAUCAUUUGGGGAUGCAUGCGAAUCUUUGGCUUGGGUAGCUGACCUUUCUGACCCACCAACAAUACCAAACAAUAUUAUAAGUCCCGGAGCAAACAUAUGCUACCAUCCAGGGAAGGCUUUUAGGAGAGACCUUACAUAUUUUAGCAAGGUAGUGUCUAAUAACAAUCUGCACAGAUGGCAAAAACAAGGUUGCUAAAGUAGUCUAUUUGCUCAAGUAGUCCACUUGCAAUCCAUCCCAACUUAUCACCUGAUGAAAACAUUUAGUGCAUCACGAAAAUACAACAAGUAGACCCUGGACUGCUGAAAACUUAUAUCAGGCAGAAAUUAGACAACUUUAAAACACCAGAAACUGCUCUCUUUGUUUACUAAAUGCUUAAAGUGUAGUUCAAAGAUAGGGUAAUACAAUACCCUGUCCCAACAUAGUUAGGGUUUAGAUCACCAAAAAACUUAUACAAUUUCAUUAAGCAAAAGUUAUAGGUUUCUACAGUUGAUAUGUUUCUUUGUUUUGUUUUUGAUAGAGCGUUUAAGUGCAAACCAUCGGAAUCUGUUUUUAUUCAACAUUUAUACAAUGUUCCAAUUUUUUUAUUUUGGAUUUAAGGUUGUUUAACUUUCUUGUGCGCAAUGGUUGGCUCAAUUAAUAUCUUUAAAGCUACUUAAAUAAAUCAUGUAAACAACAGAUCAAUGUACUCCGAAGGGAUGGCUCUUUGGAGUUUUUUCAUGGAAAUGCUGGAGGGAGUGGUUCUCUGACCCUGUACUGCUGCCUGACAGGACUGUGGCCUAGCUACUCAAAGAGGUUAUUAUCACAGAGAGCUCAAAUGUCACAUGUGAGUUCCUGUUGCCUUUCAUGUGAGCUAUAAUCCCAUCGAAUUCAUGCAGCUUUUGUGUUGGCAAGUACCUCAUGUCUGCUGAAGCUGACCUCAUCCACUGACCUCAUGCUGCAAAUCACUCAGCUGUUACAGUGCAUGGUGGAUUUACUCUGUUUUAUUAAUUGUUAGUUGUCAUUAAAAAACAUGUCUUAUUACUCACAUCUACAAUAUAUAGAUCAUAAAUACUGUGGUUAGCAGGUGACUGUGCGUACUUUAUGGCCUGUGGUGCAAUCAGCGCGUAAGUAUUCUGGCUCUCAGCUGUACAAUAGGGCUCCUUGUUCCUUCUUGCUCCAGGAAAGGGAAGUUAGUGCAACUGACGUAUCAAACAGAGCGGGUUAAGGAUGUGAUGUAAGUAACCUCAACCUCAAGUAAAGGUCAGAAUUCUAAGAAAAAAGUCUGAAUAUUGGUAAUAAAAAAAUAUUUUGGACCUUUUUUUUUUUCCAGUGGCCCUAAUCUCCUACCGUAAAAAAGUCAGAGCUAAAACUUUAAAAUGUUUUAAUUUGUGUUUUCAUGCUAAAAGUAAAUCACAAAACCACUUGCCUGGGUUUCUAGUUAGCACUACAAGGGGAUUGCAGCUUAGUCGAUGAGCUCCCUAAUGGUUUUACACAAUAACCCCUUAAACUUGGUAUUAUUUAAAAAAAAAGUCCAAAUAUGAAACCACGCUGGAUUCAAACUUACUCAUGUCUGCUACAACACAGUGCUGAUUUCCUGUGAUUAAGUGACUUGAAAAUAAAAUGAAACGUUCUGCAUCACUUUCUGCAAAUAACUGAUUUUCUUUUAUUCUAAUAUUGAUUACAAAUCUUGUGAGAGCUUCAUGAAUGCAUUGCUUCUAUAGCUGAAAUUGUAGCAAAAUCAAAACUCUUUGGUGACUUGUUUUGGUCUAAAUCUUGAUCCUCUCUUCAGUUUUACCAACUAGCUUGAUAUCACUAUCCCAGCAUAUCUAAAACUGGGAAAACGUUUGUGUUAUGUGUUCAUUGUGCUUAGGUAUCAGUACCAAGGAUUGGCUAGGUUUUGGAAGAGAUUAUUUGCACUAAAACUGGACUCAGUUUGGUAGAACGUGGGAUGCAACUUUGAUGUCUCUGAGAAUAUAUUCUGGGUUAACUCUUAAUGCUUUAGCUAGUCAAGCCUCACCAUCUCUCACCACUUUUAUAGCAUCAGUGGCAGCAGUUUUCAGAGCAUAAUACUACAACACACUCAGUACGCUAAUGUACUGUAGUAUCGCAAGAACAUGUUACAGUUUACCAGCAGUGUGCAGAUGACUUUUGCUUCAUCCUUCUAAAAGUCAUAGUUCAGGUACUGUUUCAAUCUUAAUCAAGAUGGUUCUUAAACUUGAUAAGUACUUUCUUACUCAUUACAUUUUGUUGUGAUCUGAACACCAGAGCUACUUGACAUGAUAAGCUUUAGGACAAGGUACUGGUUUUUCAAAAAAUGAUUACUCAGGAGUGCAGCAGCCACUUAACAAUAACUAUGAAGAAACACAAGAGUAAAUCCUUUUCCUUUCUGUGAAGCAAAACAGCUGAAGUCCAGAAGUAUUUCAUGUAAUUCAUGUGAUGUGUACAUUUGUUGCUCCACAGUAACUGUUGGGUGAUGCAAAAGAUACUGUAUACUAUUGCAAGCAACUGUAAGCUAUCAUGCUUCACUUAUAAGGGGAUGUUGUUCUCACGUAGUCAAUAAGCCAUUAAAGGCUUGAUUGUUAACUUUCCUAUUUGACAUUUCCAUUGGAUCUAAACAGUUUUGUUCUGCCCUCCAGCUGUUUCACCAUGUAUUUGGAAAACAAAAGCAACCUGGACAUUGAGUUAUCUCAAACGCCAGCCCAAGGUCCACAGGGUCGGAGUAGCCUAAGGUCACCAGAGGCAGUUGCAGGGAACUUUGAGGAGCUCCUUCUACUGCAAGGAUUCUCAGAGAGGAGAGAAACUCAGAAGCUGCAGUCGUCAGGUCUGCCUACGGGACAGUGCGCCAUCCACAAUGAUGGAUUUCUUCCUGUUCGACAAGAGGAUGGGUAUGCAUGCUGAAUUGUGUCUGUGCUUUUCACAUGGGGGGUUUGUUGACAAGAUUAAAUUUAUAUUGGAGUUUUAGGGAUCAUUUAGAAUCCUUAUUGAAGGUAAAGCUAGUCUAAAGGUUCAUAAUUGUGAGGAUGUCAGGUUCCCCUCAGAUAGGUUUGGUGAUUGGAGAUGAAAAUCAUAUCUGGAUAUGUUGUUCACCCAAUGAAAGAUUUCAGCACAGUUAAUUUCAAGCCCAAACCUCCAAGGCUCUUACUUUAUGUCUUAAAUUCACCAAACUCUUGUCUUCUGUUUUCUAACCCCAAAAACCUAAUUUUUAAAGUGACAGUAUAGAUUACAGAGUACGGUUUUGUAAUAGAGGGGGAAACAUGUCAGCAGUACUACAGUGUGGCUCACUGUUAUGUUUCUGGAUAAUUAAAUGGUCCUACCACUUUUUGAUUUGGAUUUUUUCAUUGAAGGAGAAUUGACGAUGAUGAGCUGUAAUAUACUGCAGUAGUUAGACUUUUAAAUGAGAACAUUAAUCGGCUCUAGUUUUGCACAAGAAACAGGCCUUCCAGUGCAAAUGAUGCCACUAUAACAUGUGAGCCUUUAGCGUUGGUUGAGACAGAAGUAUAACUUUGACUUACUUAUGUGGUCAGGUGGUCAGAUACAUACUCCAAAUAAAUGUUACAUUUGCUUUUUAUCUGUUUAAAGUCUAAAGAAGCUAGUGUCACUCACCACCAGCUGGCUGUGGCUCAGCAAUGAAGCUGAUUGUCUGAAUCUGUAGGUUGAGGUGUUUGCUCCCAGCUUUUGCAGUCACAUGCAAAAGUGUCCUUAAGCUAACCAUUGAACCCUAAACUGCUCGUAGUCAGCGAUACGUGGAUGCAGAUGCAGGGAUUACUUGAUGCGAGUCAAUUCACCAUUUACCUUGAAAGAAUAAAUUGCAAAACAACAGAAUAGGAUUUAUUGAAAGAUUGUUACCUAGGUUAUUUAGUUCUUGACCAUAGAAAUCAAACAGGUCAAAAGUCAUGAAGUAAAAGAGAAGAGAAAAACAUAAAAAAUAAAAUAACGUACAAUAAAGACAGAUCUAUGAUGUUAGGGAAUGUUGGUGUUGUGUUAGUUAGUGUCUGCAGCCCCUUUAAAACAGCAAAUGUAGGUUUGUAGUUUGUGUUUAUGUGAACUUUGAACAUUACAACUCUAAAUGAUUUAAGAGUAUUUAUCCUACAAAUGUUUCUGUGCUCUAGUUUAGAGAGGGAUUAACACAGUCUCGUGUCAGCUGGUUUUUGCGGAGUAAAGACAGAACAGUUUCAACAACACGUGCAGGAUCGUGUUACACACGGCUUGUUGGUUUAAUCUUCUGGGAGGUUGUAAGACCAUACCUAGAAAAUGCUGGAAUUCUUGUGAAGUUGAAACAUUCACAGACACAGAAACUUAAGUGUUUGAGUCUGUGAGUGUGUAUCUCAGUCAUCCAGAGGGGUGCUAAUCUGAAGCCUGUGGCUGUGACGUAAUUGGGAUUACUCUGUGGAAAUUUUUGCUGCAUGAAAUAAGUUUGUUUUCGCAGCACUUUCUGUUUGGUAGCUAAUCUCACACAGGCCUCUGAGACCAUUGCUUUUAAAACCUUUUCCUGCCUUUUAAGUUAUUAUGAUUGUCAAUGCAAGACAGUGUUCAACUAAUCAAUAAAACACAAACAAAACAGAUGCAAAAGGUUGCCAAUACUUCUAUUAUUUGGUUAAUCUUUUUGAGCCUUUUGUUGACUGGAUUAGUUUUUUUAUUUUACUUUAUUUUUUUACUUUUUUGAGAUGUUGGUGUUCUGAGACAAAUACUUUUAAGUCAUAAAAAUAGAGAUUUAAAUGACAGCAAUCCUUCAACGGGUGCAAAAGUAGGAAAACACAAGAAAUAAUUGGAUUUGAGUGCAAUUUAAAGCCACUAAAUAGGGGAUAACAGUCUGAGUGAAAAGUGUCAAAUUUGUUUGCUAAGUGUGGCUAACACUAGCAGAGCUAGUACCAUCAGCUAGUGGUCCUUCAAGCAGAUCAACAUUUACAUGCCUGUGGGAUUUGUUACACAUUCUGGGCUGUGUUGAGUUAAUCAGGUACAGUCUACAUUUAAUUUUAACUGUAACUGAAGUUGUGCCACACUAUGAGAUGCACACAUGUCGUGUUAUGUCAGCUGUGUCUUUUUACACCCUGUUAGUAGAGAAUUAUCACAUUUUAUUGUUCAGAGCUUCAGCCCUGGCCCCGGCAUGAUAAGAGAAUGACUUGAACCAAUGAGUCAUUCUGACAACAUUUAGACCAAUUCAAUGCACACUUCCCUUUAAUAAGCUUUUCUUUUUUAACAACAUGUCUCUGUUAUUCUUUCGAACUUUGACUGAAACACAACACACAGCACAGAAAUGAAGCAUACCCUGGCUAAGUGAAGUUGCAGGGCACGCUCAUUUUUUUUGAAGCAUUGCUUCAAUGAAUCAACAAGUGAAUAAAAGACUGUAAGGAUCUGCUGCAGUGGAUUAUACAAAUGGACAGCUGAAAAAUGAAAGCUAUAACAUUUUAGGGAAUGAAAUAAGAGUCAUCAUAAAUUGGGUGGAUGACCAUUAUUUUGAUGGACAGAAGCUUAUUUAGCAAGAGAAAAGUUUCAAACCUGUUCACCCGCUGGAUGUUGUUCCCUGUAAUAGAAGUCUUGAGGUUGCACUGCUGUUAAAAACUUGAACAUGAUUGGUUGUGACAUUUUUAUGAUAUUUUUCUGUCUGAAAGAAUGCUGCAAUGGUGGUUCCUGCCAGGCUGUCGAUUUGGCACCUUUAAUAGUGGAGUAUGUGAUUCCUAUCCAAUACACUUUUUGUCAGAUUCAUGUAAUAUCUCCUCAUGGUCCGCUAGCUGUGUGUUCUGUACGCACUGACAAAAAAAGAUUUGUUCACAGCACUGAGUCUUGAAGAGGAGAAAUAGUAGCAGGAAGCAAGCCACACAAGUGGAUUCCUGCCAUGAAACAAUAUAAAGUUUGCAACAGCCGAAGACAUGACAUGACUGAGAGUUCUGUUUUUAUAGAGAGUAAUUCACUUGUUCUGUGGAUCAGUCAGGAGUUGGCUUAGAAGUUCAUGAUGAUUGUUUUGAUUUUAUACAGCUUGUCCUGCUGUCUUGGUUCGCUCUGAUUGCUGCUAAUGUCCAGCUGGAUUGGUCAGCUGAUAUUGUGGAAACCCUCUUUGAGGAAUGGGCAGUUAGUCACUUACUUCAGUUUAAAAAAAAGAUAUAUAAGAUAUAUAAUUUUCUUUUAGGUAUUUUUUUUUUGCCAGACCAGGUAAAGAAGCCUAUGGCUAGACCACAGAUGAUGUUUUGUAGAGGAGUUUUAAUUUAAAAGAAGAACACCAGAGGGGACCUGCUUUCUCUGGAGCGUUACCAACUGAUCAUGCCUUUUUGCUCAACUGAACACAACCAUCCACUCUCUAGCUUUGGUUGAGAGAUUCUCCUCAUUUGCAGGAUUAAUAUUUCAUCCACACAGGACAUAGCUAACUCAUGAUUUAGUUGACAAAUAAUUGCUUUUGAAGGCAUGCUCCUUUUUUACACAGAGGAAAUCCAAAACUGAAGAGCUCUGUUUUGAGAUUGUUUUGAAUUUGGUCAGGACAGGGUAAACAGAGAAUUAAGAGCAUUAAGAUGAAGUUGUUUGCAGGCUGUAGAAAUUACCACUCCAUCCUUCCAAUCUGAGGAAACAUCUAUGGCGGCAGUAGCUCAGGAGGUAGAAUGGUCAUCCAGCAGCUGGAAGGUUGGCGGUUCAAUUCUGUUAUGUCCUUAGACAAAACACUUAACACACCUUGCUCCCAGUGUGUCCUACACUGGUGCAUGAUUGUGAGUGUUGUGUGGUGGUUGUCGGAGAGGAUUGGCAGCCGGUAAAGCACUUUGAGGUCACUGAUAAAAAGUGCUAUAUAAAAUCUGAUGCAUUAUUAUUAUCUUGAAAGUAUGCACCCAAAUGAGCAAAGCCUGAUGUCUGGUGUUUGAGCUCAGUCCUUACGGCCAUGUCUGUAUUUCUAUGAACAUCACUUGCAUAACAGGAGGUGUGCAUGACGAAACUACAUUUAAGAACAUGAGGUCUGUUUGCAUAGUACAUGGGGCAGGCUUCAUAGAGUUAUGUCAGCAGCUGGAACCAAGAUGCCAUACCCCAUGUUUAUGGUAUAACACAGCUUAAUUUAAAUGUAUAGGACAGUAUUUUAUUCUCAUGUCGAGGUGAUUUUUUUAAAGGAAUAUGCAGCCUAUCUAAAACCAACUAAAAUGACCAAAAACACAACAUAAAAAACAUUUAAAAAAAUGCGUAAAUGGACACUAAUACACAUGCAUAAAAAGUGAUAAGUGGUUGUAUUGGUUUGCCCUCCUGUGAACAUAAUGGGCAAAAAUUGAGACCUUAAUUUUCCAAACCUUUGUGUUUUUGGAGGAAAUAUUUAUAAUAUGUAUUAUAUUUAUAAUAUUCUAAAGUUAUUCUAGGUCUGUAUAAACAAAUCUAGGCUGUAAGACCAACCAAUGAUCUGCACUGGCUGAUAGCUGGGUUCACAAGACUGAAAAGAUCAAAUAAGAUGCUGCAUGCUCCUCGUCACUGUUGCCUCCAGUCACUUAAUAGAUGGUGUAUGGUAUAGGAGCAGGCUGUGCAAAGGCAGAGAAUACAGUUUUAAUUUCUAAUGCUCACUUGCAUUAGCUUGUAACUGAAUCUGUGAACAAACAGAAACAUGUAAAAAUGUCUUUAGGAUAGUUUUAGAAAGGUGGAGAAAAAGUUCGUUUUGAGCCUCUUUCCUUUGCUGGAACUCCCUAGCGCCGGCAUAUAAAUGGUUGUUUAUAAUGUUAGAUUUUCUUAGUCACUAUUGUCUUUUCUAAGUUAUAAACAUUUUUUUCAUCCUCAGUGACAACAAACAAAAUUUAAAACAGUUCCUGACAAGAGUUCAUCAUUAAUUGUUAUGAUGUAUAAAAAAGUUUUAUGCUGCUUUUGACUUAAAAAUCAGUAAAAAUCUGAAAUUUCAGAACCCAGCAGAACUUAAUGAAUUAUUCUAUUUCAUGAAUUAGUUAAGAAAAACAGCAGUAUGACAUCAACAGCUUAUAUCAGCCAAUGGCUGACCUGCUCUCUAAUUAUCUGCAUUAGCUGUUUAGUAAGUUUAAAAGUGUGAAAUGGUUAAAGUAUGUUAUGUGAGGUAGCUAGUUCGGAUAUCCAUAUUCAAAUGUGGCUGGUAGCAUAGAUGUAUGACAUGCAUGUCACAAUUUAAAAGCCAGAGCUCAGCUUUGGUGUUUAGGACGUGCAGUCCUGUCUGAUUUCUUUAAUGCUAAGACAACAGUAGACUGUAAGUGCUUCACAUCAGGGGCAGCUGACACACUUGUGCACAAAGUUGCCUCAGACCUGAAACAAAUUCAAAUUGGGCUGUGAUAGGCCUGACCUGAAUGGGGGGGGUAGGAUAUCAGUUUAAACAGGUAAGGAACUCGACACAUCUGCCAAAGCAAAUAAAGUAAAACCUGAGAUAUUCUCAAGGCUCUUGGAUACAAGACGGAAAAAAUCCCCAUGAAUUAUGAUUUUAUAUUAUUAGAAGACUUUCAUUGCACUGACAGACCCUCAAAUGUAAGUGGCAGACUCAAAUGAAGGCUACUUCAAUAUCUUUCAGAGGCUCCUUUUCAGAGUGAGAGUACACAGUCACCAAGUUGAAACAUAUCUCAGGGACAGGACAGGCUCAGAGUCAUUUCAGGGUAAGAGGAGGGAAGACAACACUUGUAGACAUGGAGUAAAUCUCUUUAUAGUUGUAUAAGAGAUUCCAAAGAGGAUUAAUGUGGCAGACUCCACUAAUGCAGUGUACUCCUUGAUCCAACACUCUCACCACAUUCAUUGAUUCACGGCGCCCAACUAUCUGGAGUGUGUUUGACAAUGCCCUCUAGACCUGUGCGAUGACAACAACAACAACAAGUUAAGAAUUAUGAAUCACUGAGUUAUCUGCAGUGCAGCACAGUUGCCUCAUAUUGAUACAUGGAUUAAUCUGGAACAUUUAUGAAAAUUAUAAUUACUGUAGACAAAACUGCUUGUCUCUGUGUAAAGACGUGCACAGACUGUGUUUAAGCACCCAACCCUUUUAACAGGCAGACGGUAGAAGCCCUUCAAGAUUAGCCGAGGGGGACCUCUAAUUUUCUGAAAGAUUUCCAUCUAACAGUUUUGGCUCAGGAGGGCUGGUAUCCCAUUAUAUAACUAUUUUCAAGAUGUCUCUACUGUUGUCAGAGUAAUUGCUGAGAUGACUGUGGGCCUGAUGAAAUGGUAGAUAGGUGUUUUUGGUGAAAUAAAAAAUAGCCAGAUGUAUGAAGAUGCUGCCAUGCUUUUGCUUUGAGGCAUAUUGAAAAUAAAAAAUAUCAACCAUGAUUGAACGUGUGUGUGUGUGUGUGUGUGUGUGUGUGUGUGUGUGUGUGUGUGUGUGUGUGUGUGUGUGUGUGUGUGUGUGUGUGUGUGAGAAGUGAAGCGUGUUCAGCUUUAAAAUUCAGAGGUGAAGACAGUUACAGAGUAGAUGUGUGUGCAUGUUUGAGGUGUGAUUGUUGGUUGGGACCCAGCUGUGAGGCUCCUGACAGAGGCUGCCUGCAGGAGCCUUAGGGAUACAGUGCAGCAGCAGGGUGACAAAAGAUGCUUUAAUGAUCUCCUCAGGUGUCCAAUCACCAGCUGCUCACCCACCCCUUUGCCACCCAUGGGUUACAAAGGGUCUGGCAAAUCUCUUUAACCAGUGACUGACAGCUGUGCAAUGACAGCUGUGGGCUUUUGGGUCAUAGUACAUAUGCUUUUAAAAAGAUUUAGAUGCAGCAAUUUUUCCUUUUCCAUUUAAUUUUAUUCCAUUUCAUGUCUUUGCAGGCACAAUUUUGGCAUGUUUAAUAUUUUCAGAGGAAAAUCACCUUCAUCCAGCCUCUCAGAGAGAUCACCACUGCUGAGAUUCUCACAAGAUGAGAGGUGAGUAAUCCCAUGUGCUGGAGAUUAAUCACAUAAAAAAUAGAGCCUUAAAGUAUGCAACAUCACAGCAAUGACACAAAGAAGAAUUCUUACUAUGCAUGAUCACGUGAUAAAACUGGAACAACAGGAGUCAGGGAUUUUAACUGUUAAAUGACUCAUAAAAUGUAACUUAUUGUUGUGUAAUGUGACACACUUACUAUUUCAUUUUAUUUUAUCGUAGCAUUCUUUGCUCUUUUUAAAUGUCAAAAUGUGCCUUUUUAUCUGACCGGUGAUUUCACCUGUCACUGUUUCCUAAGAAGAUACUUUAAGCAGCAGUCUCUAAGAUCUCAGUUUCUUGCCCUUGGCAGCACUAGUGGCUGUAGGGGGUAAUUGCAGGUGUAUUUUUGGACAUCAAUCCAGGAGAGCCAGGUAUCCAAACAGCAUCCACUUGAUUGGUUAUCUCACUCUAAACUGCUGUGUAGCACUUGUUUCCUAUAAUUUUUUUUAUCAUAUUAAUUUGAACAACUUGUUCCUGUAAUGACUUUAUUUUAAAUUAUUUUUUGCUGAAUGUAAUACAGUUCAUCUUUAAAUAUAUUUGUGGUUUCUACUUUUUUUUUCAUCUGUGCUGUCUGUAACCAUAAGAACAGCAUUUCAACUUUUCAUCAUGUCAUGUAAUAAAGAUUUAAAUGACACAUUUUGUUUCUAUAAGAAAUGGCUCAGCUUUUGUGUCUGUGAACCUUUCAUAAUGUGCACAAAAUGUAUGGUUUUUAAGGAUGCUCAUCUUUUACAGACGUGUUUUUUUCUGCACAAUAGCAGAAACAUUUUUCAAUGUAGCAGGUGACAUCAACAGCUGCUGUCCUGAAGACCUGUUUUAUUUAUUUUACCUAGGCUGUAGUGCUGAUUUCCAGUGAGUGACAGUGAUUAUUCUUUUCCAGCAUUACCUACAUGACCUUACAUGAACCGAGCUUUGUUGAAGGGGAAGGGGAACCCUGGGACAAUGGUCCUCUGGACCUGGAAAGGAGGUAUCGGCUGGGCAGUGAGGUCAACAGUCUGUCCCUGUCCCGCUCCGGCUCCUCAGACAAAGACCCUAUGGACAACAUUAACUUCAGGCUCACCAGUAGUAUGAAGUAAGAUAAGAAAGAUAUUCCUGUAUUAGUCCCACAGGGGGAAGUUCCAAAUUUACAACUUAAAGACAAAUUAAAGGAUGAAGAAACUUAGGAGUUAUAUGAAUGUUAUUUACAACUGUUAUGUAGAUGUUUGAUAUAUUACAAGUGAAAAAGUUGGAGAUAUUUAUAUGUAUGACUAUAAGCGAGGCCUUUUGUGUCUUUUUGACCCCUAAAAUGAAGCCAUGUCCACUGAAACCACCUCCUCAACAUACACUCCAUCAUUUGCUAACUGCUUUAUUUUAACUUUUCUUUUCAGAUGUUGUCUAAGAGUCUCCAGAAUCGCAACAAUCUUCACUAUCCUUGUUCUCUGCAGUGUAAGUGGCCUAAAGACGUGUAAUACAUCUACCAUGACCAAUAAACAAACAAGAAUUUAGGUUUAAGAGGGGUUUACAUGAUGAACAACAGUUUCAAUACUAAAUAGAGGGGACCUUAAAGACUUUGUGCUUUGUCACCCAUUCAUCAAUUUUGUAAGAUAUCAAUAAGGGCCAUCUUUGCAAUUUGAAUAAAAAGUGAAUAAAUGUGCUCUGCUUUCAGCUCUUCUUCAGCAUGUAUCCAGACAGAAAUAAUCCCUGGAGGAUGCUGGCAGUCUCUCCAACAGAGAGUUUCUGUAUCCUUCUCGUUUGCAUGACAAAGUAUCUGUAUUACCGCUUUACUGAGAUAAUAAACAAUAGCAGGAUGUGAAUGGCCCACCAGGCCUUUCAUCAACAAGGAGAGGGUUGGUACAUGGUGAAUGUUCAUUUUAGUUCAUUUUGAGCUGACAGGCACUCAGACAUUGAUAGACUUAUGAGAAUCCACAAGUGUACUCAUCAGGCUUUAAUCAGACUCAAUGUAGAAGAGAAAAAAGGUAAAAGGGAGUGGUAGCAAUCUUGACCAGUGAAUCACUGCAGGACUCUGAUCUUUGAGUCAUUUUCAAGGAGAAAGGAUUCUCAUUCUCAUUUUAGACCACACAGUUGAUGAAAUUACCCAUUCUUCUUUUGGUGCAUUAAAUCAGCUUCAGAAAGUAAAAGUAGAAGUCGUUAUGCAGGUGUUCAUUUUAAGAUCUGAAAUAAAAGUUCAGCAGCCAUCUGUAAAACGCUUGCUUAUCAAAGAAGCAAAUGGAAAUUUCUAUUUCUCUUAACAGUCCUCAUCCCACAGCUAUGAAUGUCACAGAUUUCCGAGAUAACGCCAUGCUAAAGCUGCAGGUUGCAGGGCCUUUUACAGGAGGGGUGAUUGACUUCAGCAGGCAGGAGUUCAUCCUGAUCCAGGUCGAGCAGACGGAGCAGUCAGGACAGCAGCGGAGGAGGCGGGCUCAGACGGUGAGGAGGGUUUAAGUGAUCUAUUGUAAUUCUUUGUUUUAUCAUCUGUGAAGUGCUGAUUUGGCAAAAAUAAACUCAUUUAUCUUUUGCUGUUUGUGAACAGGUUUUGCAUAACUGGACAAUUCCCCUACACAGUGAACGAAGUGACCAGAUACUGUUGACAAAAACCUUUGCAAUGCUCAGCAGGUACUUACUGUGAUGAUUUAAACAAAUAAGUAUAAUCAUGUACAUUUUCAUCCUUAGAUUGUUGCACAAGAGAAUUACCAAAGUUUUUUGGUAACAGUGUGAUUAUCUUUUAGAUAUUUAUAUAAAAAUGUAUGUAAACAAAACACUGUAUGAAAAGAGAUCAGUAUAGUGCUACUGGGGAAAAAGAAGCCCUUCUGUCGGUGCCACAGAUCAGACAGGCUGGAGUGACAUUAUGCAUAAAAUUACCUCAACAAAUAAAUAGUCAAAGAUGUGCGAGAAAAAAAAAACUUUAUAAAAUCCUCCAGUGACAGGUAAUUGGUUGGUUUGUUGAUUUUCAGGCCUUACUCCUUCAAUGUUUUUUUCUCUGCAAGUAGUUUCUCUGUCCUCAGGAUCUGAAUAAGCAUAGUAACGAUAAAGCCCCAAUGAUUCCUACAACAAAACAUCCGAUACUGUUAAAGCUAUAGUCAAUAUGAUGUAUGCACAUCACACACAGUAACUUUCACCAGAAACAGUAUACUGUUCGUCUCGGUACACAGUGUAACACUGGCUACAAAAUGUCUACUGCUCGUCAUGUUACUCUGAGAAACACUCACGACACACCACAUGCUGCUGGUUACCAUUUCCUGUGCGUCAGCGUGGGAAAGUCUCCCCUUGACACCAAAUACAAAAAGAGCAAAUACUCAAAAAUACUGCAUGCUUAAUCAGUGUUGUAUCAUCUCCUCUUAUAGUGGCUUGGGUUAAACUAAUAUUUACAGACGUAGAAGUUACGCACUAUAGCUUUAAUGCAAGUAUGUCCUUUUUUUUUUGUUUUGACAGCUUUGGUAAAUAAUUCCCAAUCUUUGGGGUUUUCUGGACAUCAUAAACAUUUCAUGAUAUUGUCUGACAACAACAAAAAGACAUGUUUAUAACCCUUCAGCUUUGCUUUCUCCUCUCCUGCGCAGUGACCCUAUCUCCAUCACGGUUCAAGCAUUCCUGCAUGAAAACGAGGUGGUACCAUUAUCCAUGACUUACCAGUCCCUCUACGUCACCACGGAGACACAGGUGGCCAUUGCCGGAAUCAUCCUGGCCGGGGUUUAUGUUCUCAUCAUCUUUGAGGUAAUUUGCAGCAUGAAUGAUGAAUGAGUGUGUGUGUGUGUGCAAUAGAGUACCAUGCGUGCCUAGAAUAAGUAGGCAGUAAGUAUUUCAGCAGAGGAAGGUCUGAAUUCUUCUGUUAUCCACAGUGACCAACGAGGAUGAUAACUUUCUCUGGUCAAUAAUAAACUGUUCCACUUAGUGCCCUAACAGUCCAGAGGGGCUGACCCUGUGAUGACUGGAUUUUCUCUUACACAUGUUUUUUUUUCUUUUUUAAUUUGCAUGGUUUGUUUUGUUUAUUUAGUCCCUGUACUUUGCAAAUAUACAGCUCUGUUGUAAAGGUGCUUCACAUGCAUUCAUAUGCCACUUUUUCCCCUGUUAUCCAUGAUAUAUUGAAAAUAGAGACCUAAGGGGCUCUAUCCUGAUUUAGAACUGCAUUUCUACAAAGUUGUAAGAUUUUGUGUGGGAGACAAAUCUAAAAGAUAGUUCACUUUAAAAUUAAAGUAGCAGAGAGCAGAACAUUAUGACCUUAACUUACAGUACAAAGUAGCUGUGUGGGUUUGUUGUGCUGAAAGCAGGGCUCUAACAACUUUACAUCUAUUUUUACCUUUUCACACAAUGCAGGUAUGCAUAGUUUCAUACCUCAGCUCUAAAGUUUGGAUCAAACAGUAUGAUUAUAUUCCUUGACAGAUAAAUCUGGUGACAGAUGCUGGAAUAGCUUGCUGAGCUAAUCUGUGCUGAGUCGCAGCAAAGAUGUUGGAGAUGCCUGAGACUUUCCUAGGGGCAGCUGGCCUGCUGUUGCUGGGGGAACAGAGUGUAGACUCUGUGGCUCAGCUUUGGUCGCUAAUGCCAUACCACCUUGAUAGGUGCACAGAACAGUCAGUCGUGUUGCAGGUGUAUUGAACUUCACUUGUGUAUACUCUGCAAACAGCCACUGAUUUAUUCAGUAUGCUUCCUGAUUUCCAAAAGCCAAAAUGUGUCCAAACAUUGGGCUUGAGGCCAUCCGGCUUGAUAAACUCUUAUUUGUCUUGCCUCUCUCAGAUAUCAGACAUCCGAGCACUGCUUAUCUGGAUUAGGCCCAAAGUUUGGAUUUACUUUCCCUUAAACUUGCAAGAAUGCAUCCACAUGAAUGACAUUUGUUUUGCAAAAUAAAUGACUGUGUCAAUACCAUUGACUGUAUUAAGAAUGGACGCUGUCUGCCUCAUCACUUGGUGAAGCCACCCCGAGAACAGCACCCUCUGGUGACAGGCUGCAGUAUAGGUCAUAAAUCCCCCCUCUUCCUGCAAUCCAUAUGGAGCUGUGGACAAACUUUAGAAAUUAAAUACUCAGAAUAUACAUUUUUCUUUCCCCUGGUUGUGAUAAUGACAUGUAGUUACUAUAAGACUGGUUCGAGCUCAAGUCCUCUUUUUCUGUACAGCUCCAUUUUUAAAAGCUAUUAGGCGGUUCUUGUUUUCUAUGACUGAAACUUGAUACAGCCUAUGGGCACACGAAGAUUGCAUAACUCAUUCGGUUGAUACCCUAUUUGAGCCAAGCGUCAUAACAGUGACUCUCCUGCUGAAUGUGUACAAUGCUACUGCGCAAGUGGUUCCAGGAAGUGGAGAAAAUUCUGGAAAUAUCGAGAGCAAAUCGGCUUCAAAUUUGUGUAAUGACAGAAGGCUGAGCCAAGUUGUCCAUAGUUUAUACAGUCUUUGGUCGGUACAAUUGAUGAUUUGCUUUGAAAGACGAUUACAAAGUGACAUGUGUCAUACAGGAUUGUUGCACAGCCACUUACUUAUCCAUACAGGCUGAUUGUGGGAAUUAAAACCGUGCAUCAAUGCAAAGAGUGGAAGUAAUUCAUUAACCUGAAAUCACUAAGUCAUUGGUUUGAUGUUGAACAUUUGACACUUAAUAAUGCAUCAUCAUUUUAUAGUGUUUUUAUCAUCCGUGACCUCAAAGUGCUUUACAUUGGAUACAUCAUUCAUUCGCUCACACAGUCACACCCUGGUGGUGGUAAACUACCUUAGUAGUCACAGCUGCCCUGGGGCAGACUGGUGGAAAUGUGGUUGCCAGAUUGCACCUACAGCCUCUCCGACCACCACCACACAACACUCACAAUCAUACACUCGUGGAGGACACACACUGGCAGAAACGUGGGUUAAGUGUCUUCCCAAGGACACAAUGGACAGACUAGGUAUAGGGGGGAAUCGAACCGCCAACCUUCCAGUUUUAGACGACCGCUCUACUUCCUGAUCUACUGCAACACUCAGCAAGUCAGUCACAUGAAAUAAUGACUUUUUCCCUACAUAUUUGUAAUCAGCACUUAAAUGCGUUGCACUUUAGUUUUUGACUACACAAAUCCUUGUUUAGAUUUUAGCUCCCUGGAUAUACAGCUGUUAUUUUCAUCUCUUAUCAGUCAGUGUUUAGUUUUAAUUAGACAGGCUAAUCUCCAGGAGUGCAACAAGGUGUGAACUUGCUAAUCUGUGCCUGCAGGAGCAUCACUAUGAAGAGAAAGUGAACAGUAGGCUGUGAGAGAUGACAGCACAGUAACACUGCACACACUCCCAUGUGCCAGCUCUGUUGCUGGCAGUCAGCUUGCCGACGCUGUAAUUGAAAGUGUGAGCGAUUGUCUGUAAAGCAGGAGAGCAUACAGUGCACAGCUAUUCAGACAUCAGCAAGAUGUCAUCAGACUUCAACUCUGUCAGUGAAUGCCUCACUCUGCAGAGGACAUUUAUUUUCUCCAUUAAACUUUAGUUUAAUAACUGAUCUUAUUUUUAAUAGGCACUUGAGUGAAAUGUUCCCACAGAGGUCUAAAGUAGAAAAUUGCUGCACAGUUUUUUUUUGACAAAGGCUGAGGCAAUUAAGGAGGAUAUUUUUGUUCUCGUUUCUGCGUUAUUUGAAAAGAUUGGACAAAAUGAUGUUUCAAGAUGUCUAAAGAAUGUCCAAGCUUUUAUCCAGUUUGAUUGACAGGAACCAGAUUAAUGCUGAGUAGUUCAAUGAGGUCGGCAUGCAUUACAGACAGGUGUCCUCAUCAGAAAUACAUUUCUCUUCCUCCUCACUAUUAAAACAACCUUACAUAUUGCAAAGACAGUAGAAACGUAUUUUCUAAAAAUUGUCAGAAUACAUUAUUUUCUGUAAUUCAUUACCAUAGCAUGAAUGUCAGAAGAGCAGCUGGGGUUACCCAGCCAUGCCUGUCAUGAGCCUCAGUUUAAUAGGAUAUGAUGCAUCAUUACAGAAGUGAUGGAGAAGUGCUACUCUGAUUAACAUGGUAGAAUUGUUUAUCAAAUCUCCUUUUGCAGUUCUUUUGUUUGAUAAAGAAAAUAAUGACUUGCAAUCAAAAGCUUGUUAUUAUACAAGCCACAAGAAGAUUUUUGACUCAUAUUUCCUGUUCCUGCUGAAUUUGGGAUCUUCAAAAAAUAAUUGAGUUUUUAGACAUUUCUUCGGGUUCAAGUUUUAAGAUGCUGUAUACCAACGAUUCGUUUUUUUAACAAAUACCAAAUCAACAAAUAUUGGCAGGAGCAAAAAAAAUACUGUAAGCUAUAAUACAAAAAAACUUACCAAAAAAUAAUUUCUUAAAGGUGGGUAAACAAAUCACUUUAGAAUAAAAAAAGAAAUAAAAAAUAAAAAACAAAGGCAAAAAGCAAACAGCCAUAAAACUGGAACUCAGGGUUUCGAAAAUCCAUAAGUUUUGAGGUGAGCCUCCAUGUAUCAAACUUGGUUAUCUAGCCCAAUCAAGCAUCCCUCUAACACUUAUUUGGAUUGAGUCCUGGGAAAUUUUAACUAAGUCAUUACCGUUGAGUUGGGCCACCUGCAGCCUUGCAGCACUGUAUUUAUAACACUGUUGUGAAUGGUGCUUAAAAAAGCAUUAUAUUAAAUGAUCAUAUCUGCCAUGUUUCACUCCCAAAGUGUAUCAGUGAGCCUUGGCCACUCAUGACCAUGCCACAGGUUCACCAAUUUUCCUUCCUUGGCCCACUCAUGGGAGACACUGACCUCUGCAGACUAGAAACACCCCACAAGAACAGCAGUUGUUCACCUCAGUUGUUUGGUUAUGACUGUUUGGCCCUUUCGUAUGACACGUGCCUAUUUUUGCUGCUUCAAAUGUACCAACUUCAAGGACUAAAUGAUCACUUUCUGCCUCAUGUGUCACACACUGAGAGAUUUUUAUGUUUCGAGACAAUCAAUAAAAUUCCCUUCAUGCUAGAGGUCCCGUUAUGUCUGAUUGGUGUAUGUCUUACACAUAAGGUGGUAUUUGUGACUUAAUGCAUGUACCUUCACAGAAGUGAGUACAAUUACUCUGUCGACACAAAUGUACAGAAUUUUAGAUACAUGUCAAAUGAAGACUAUUUUUGGUGAAAGAGACUGUUGAUACCUAAAAGUUAAUACUGAUCUGAAAUAUUGUCACCUUCUGUGAUUUAUAGCUGUUAAAUUGGGCGUUGAUGAUGAUUUCACUUUCUUUCUCAGAUUGUGCAUCGCACUUUGGCUGCCAUGCUGGGAUCUUUCGCAGCCUUAGCAGCCCUGGCUUUCAUUGGUGAUGUAAGUUUUCUCCUGUUUUAACGAGACAUUAAAUCACUAAAAAUUUGAUGUUGCUUAUUCUAGCACUAUAUUUAUGUCAAUACGUGAGAUGGCAAUUUGAUAGCAAUUUUAGGGAACAAUAACCAGAGCUUGAAAUUGAUAACAAGUUCAAACUUGCUUUGUCUGAAAACUCAUGAAAAUGAAAUUAUAGUCUGAACUCAUUUCUGAUUUCCAACGGGCUUAUUUUGAGGCUAAAACCAAUAACAGCAACAAAACAUUGAAGAUUGUGCAAGUCUGGUAGUGUAUGUGAUGGAGCAUAAUAGACAAUUAUUUGACACAACAGUACAAGGAGCCAAUUGUGUUUGUAUCUUGAAUUACUGUCCAGGUUAAUUGAUGCUGAUGAGAUGGAAAAAUCUGAACAUUUCAUUUCUACAACUUUAUUGAUGAGAAAGCCUCAACUGCUCUUAAACUCACCAAACUGUAACUUCCCAACUUUGUGAAUGGCCUGAACUGAAUAAAUGGAUUUCUACAGAAUAUAGGACAGUGGAUUAAAAUAAGAUGAAAUAAUCUUGUCUUUGUGAAAAUUGUGAGCAAACGGUUCUGUCUAGAUGGAGCUCUUCUUACUGUUUUAUCCAAAAAUAGGACCAGACUUGUCUCGGGUUUAAUUGAUCACUGAGUUUAAGAAAUUAAAGCGUUGACCACUGCAUACAUUUGAAAGCUAGACAACAACCUGAAGCACAAUAGUUUAUCAUUUAAAAACACUAGAGUGCGCCACCCUGUGCAUAAACUCUGGGCUAAAAUGGCCACCAUAACAGCAUGGUCAAAAAUAGGGUCAGUCAGACUUCGUUUUUGUUUACAAAAUAUUUAAUUUUUGUCAAAUCUUGAUUCAAAUCUUUUAUAUUAAUUAUUAGUUCAUCAAUAAGUAUUCCCACAAGAACCAGAUUGUACUCUAUCUUGAAAAAGGUGAACUUAACUGCAUUUUAUAUCUAUGGCCAAAAAUAUUUUAUAUAUUUUAUUUUUUUACAUAUUGAUUUUAUUUGAUAAAUUCAUGGCUUACUACAUCACAUCAUAGUUUUAAAGAUUAUUUUAUCAGAAUGGACCAAUUGUUAGUGUAGGAAGUUUCACUUCGACCUCCUCUGAAACAACAAGUCUUUGUGAAGGACUAAAAAACAUCCAAAGAGAGGAUAUGGGCCAGGGAGCAGUUCAAGCAGUUACAUUAAAGUUAUUCACACUUUUAAGAGGUUUGCUGAGAACAUGUGAGUGAUCUCAGGACUAAAUCUCAGUGUAUUUGACUCAAACUUAUUCCUUCCUUUCUGUUUAAGGGUUUUGUCCGCAAAUCUGCUUGUUAAAAAAAUCUGAUUAAUUAAAUCUCAUUUGAUUCCUUGUUUAUCCCACAGCGGCCCAGUCUGGUUACUGUGGUUGAGUGGAUUGACUAUGAGACACUGGCUCUCCUCUUUGGCAUGGUAAGACUCUUCAUCAGUUUUUUUUUAACGUUUGUCUACCCAACAACUCUUACAGGCAGAAAAGUCAGCUUCUCCUUUUCUUCAUUGUAUAUAACCACCUGACACCUUGAAUCCACUUAUUGCCAUUUCUAACAGCCUUCAAACCAAUGACAGGGAAAUCUGUCUGUGGAGGCAAGUGAAAUUGACAGAAUAAGAUCUUGUCUCCAUGGAAACAAGCAUGACCUGUCAAGUAAGGUAUAAAUUGGAGGGUGUCUUGACAGUGUCUUAUUGAAACAUUUCUUUUAGACACAUUCUGACUUUAUAGCAGAUAAUUAACCUUUGAAUAUAGCAUCUUUUUUAUUGACCUGAAGGAUAAUUAUCACAGCUCAGUAAUAUCUGAAUUUCAUGUUAAAGCAUGACCAUAGAUGGCAACUUCUUUAAAAAGAUUCCACUGUCAAUGGCUGCCACCAAAUUGUUAUUACAUUGUGCAAACUAGAGCAGAGUUUCUGGAAAUAUUUAAACAGUAGGCAGCUCAUUUCAAAGGUUAAGAUUAAUGAUAAUGAUAAAAAAUAAUUUGAUGGUCUGCAAAUUAUUCAAACCCUGUCUUUGAAAAAUGGAACAAAGACAAAACAUGUGUGUACAGAGAGGGCAAAGUUAACCAGAGUUAAAUUCCUUGUAUGUGUACACAUACUUGGGCAAUAGAGAUGAUUCUGAUUCUGAAAUGUUGAAACAGAAAAGUUUCAGGCUGUUUCAUUUGAAGUUAUACUCAUUUUGAAUGUGAUGUCAGCAAUACAUUUCAAAUGUUGCACAGGAUCAUGUUGAUUACUGUGUUGCAUCACCUUUGUCAACAACUCUGUAAACUAUUGGUUUCUCGAGUUUUGUGAAAUGUUGUUCCAUUCUUGCCUGAUAUACGAUUCCAGCUGCUCAACAGUUCAGGGUCUUCUUUGUCAUGCUAGUUUUCACAGGAGACUGGUAGAGGCAGCAUACAGGGCAGUUUAGGAUCUAAAUUCUACCACUGAGUGAUGCAGUUGUAACACAUGCAGAAUAUAUUACAUACUUUCAUAUUCUUUUGGUUGUUGACAUUAAAGGCAAAAAUUCUGUGUUUAAUUAAUGAUUAUGUACUCAACUACUUAUUGAUUUUAGAUUACAAAGGUAACCCUGGUUCUCUGAUGACAUUCGCUUGGUACCGCACUAUAGAAUAGAGUAUGCCCCUCUGCAUAUUCCUCAGAAGCCCAGUGCCUUCCCGCCAGCCACAUUGGCUGGCAGUCAUGACUAGUGCAUCUAGAGGAGGGACAUGCCCUCCCUAUACAAGGGCUGACACAGCAUCACCACAGCAUUGAAAAAAAGCACACCUCUUCCUCGUUUCACACACAGACUGAUAAGAUACCUCACUCGUGUGAUCAAAGAACUGGGGUUACUUUUGUAACCUAAAGGUUUCUUUCAAACAUUCGCUCAAUAUCUCAACCAUGGGAAUUAUGCUGACUACCAUAUUGCCAGAUGAGCUUAUCUUGAAACCUUCAGGCUGAUGACUCACAGUCUUAAGAUAAGCCCACACUCAGCACAGUAUGUGCCAAAGAAAGUGCAGUGACAUCAAGUGCAUCAAACCUUGCAAAGGUAUAAGGUGAUGCCCAACCGGCUUGAAUAGGUAUUACUCUGAACAGGGCCCAGGAUGAUGCCAUCCCCAUCAAACCAUCAAACCAUCAUCUGAGACUAAAUAGAGAUUGGAGAAGCUUAAAUACCACUGACCCGCUUUGAAAAUGCCAGUGCCAACAAAAGUCUGAAGUGAGAGCACCUAAAGAUCAACCUGAUCUGAAGGCUCGAACAGAGGAUGAGACAGACAAACAGUUGACAAUGCCAUGAUGGGGCAAGCUGUUCGGAAACUGGUUGUGGACGGCGAGCACCCUUUAUAAAACUGCUGAUUAGGGGAUGUUGCCCCUCAUCCUUUCCAUCAAAACCAACUUGACAUGCUGCCUUUUCCACCAAGUAAACCUUGACUGUGAAAAAAGUUUUGCCUUUGUCCAGCAGUUUAUGCAAAAAGCUAAGAAUUGUGGGAGCUGAGCACUGGAAAGGCAUCGUCUGUGAUCUUGAACACCAGGCCUCAAAUACACACCAUUCACAGUCAUAUAGGGACCUGGUAGAAGAGGUUUGAGCACACUGAGUGGUCUUAAUGACAUGUAUGAGAGUUCUAAAGAGGUUUUGUCUCUUAUCGGCCAAGCCCAGAGUGCAAGUCGCUCUGGGUCAGCAUUAAAAUCUCCCCCUGUACCUGCAAUAGCAAGUCCCUAUGCAGGGGCAGAGGCCAUGGUUGUGAUUCACUGCAAACAAAAUUUAUCUGAGGGUACAAAUGAGGUAACCUUUGACCUUUGGUUGGCCAUCCAGACGCUGGUAGACUUUUGCUAUCCAUUGCCUCCCUGGCCAAUGAGGAGCUAUCAGGAUAAGUGUGACGCCCCUCUCCCUCAUCCUGACCAGAGUUUCCACUCUCCAUGAAGGGGGUUGCCUCUGGAGAGUUAGUCUGCCCCACAGUUGUGUACUUCCGCCCAAAGAAAUGCUUUACCACAGCAUGGUAGUAUAAAUGGUACAAAUCAAAGUUCUUGUCAGGUAGGAUAUGGGUGCCCACAUACAACAAUACCUCUGAAGUUGUUACUUAUCUUGUCCCGUACAAAUGUAAGCAGCGUUAUAGAAAAAGGAUUUCUUUUGCUUUCUUUCAACAGUGAAUAUGUCCUUUAUAGAGAGUCUUUGCAUUGGGAAAUAAAAAAAAAAAGGCUGUUUUUGCAGUAUUCAUUUCAUCUGACUCUCUUCUAGCAGCAGCUGUUCAGGAAUUAAAAAUAGCUGCUUUGAAAGUUAGACUUUAUGUUGAUAGUGUCUUAUGCUUUUGCAGAAGUGAAGAGGCAUCAGUUAAUUUAAGUCUUUCAAUACCAGCAAAAUAUCCCUCACAGGAGCUUUAAUGUGUGCCUUAAUUCAGGAUGGAUUAAAGGUUUCUGCAGCUCAUAAUUUUCUAUUGAUUAGACUGCUGUGACUUCAUGUUGUCAGUGUUCAUUCAAUACAUCUUUGAGAUAUUUAAUAUUUACUUCACGCAUCAGCUAAAUGCAUCAAGUCAGCUUGAUUUCCACUGAGCUGUUUUCCUCUACCAUAUAAACAUGCCCUGUUGUAAUUCAGCUCACUUCAUGUAUAUUAAAGACUGUGGGAAAUUAUGUCUUCUUUUGAACCAAAUCUGUUCAGUCAUUUGACUUGUUUGUUAGAGGUGAGAGAAAGGAGAAUAUGUUUCAUUCUACUUAAAUUUGUACAAAAUUUAUCACGACUCAGGGUUUAACUCAAUCCAGUCCAACUGUUAGGCAUUACAGUAGAUAAGGUGUUCCUACUUUAAUAUGUAACAUAUCAAAAUGUAAUAAGAGGGUAAACCAUGAGAAAUAUAUGUGAAAAGAAUAUCUUAAACUCUGCACACAUCUCUUUUACUGAUAGCUGUAAGUCUUUACAAUAUUCUUAUCUGCUGUAAUUGUUGAUGAGUAUCAGGGUUGCUUUUAUACUUGUCAUACAAUGGAAACUAUAUGAACCUAUUUUUGAUUAAUAUGUCCUUUUUUUCCCUUCCAGAUGGUUCUAGUGGCCAUUUUCUCAGAGACUGGCUUCUUUGAUUAUUGUGCCGUAAAGGUGAGUUUACUGUAUGAUGGUAAUGAUAGUGAGUUUAAAAACCAACACAGAAAAUGACAAAAUCAGUCCAAACAUUUGAUAAAGGUAAAAGUUAUGAACAUGAUAGUUUGAGAUAGAUUUAAUAUUUGAUCAGCAGACUUUGGCAUUGUAAAGUAUUGAUUGACAGAUCUAAGAUAUCAAAUGACAGCUCAAUCUUUUUAUGUUGACCUAUCUGACCUUAAAAGAUUUAAGAACUCUUCCUGGAUGUUUUAACAAGAUUUGAUGUCUGUGUUUACAUCCUGACUUUAAGGCAGAGCAAGAGAACAGGCUGACAAGAAUGACACUGAGAUGUUGCCCUAUCAUUACUGUUACCACAUUUCUGACUGAGAGGGAUCAUCUUCUUUAGACAUCACCCUCUAAAUCUUUUUGUUUGUCUUUUUAAAAAAAAAGAUCGGACUGUGGGAAUCUCAGUUUAGCUCGGUUGGUGGAGCAGACAGCAUGUGUGCAGUGACUACACUCACACUGGUCAUGGGAUCAGUUCCCCUCCCUGGGGGCAUCAUUCCCGUUCUCUUCCUCUUUGUCUGGUUUCUCUCUAAGGCUGCCCGGUGUAACAACAGCUAAAAACCUCUCAGAAAUCUGUAUUUGAAAACCCCCUAAGGAGAAAAGAAGAAAAUUAAUUAUUUUUUCUUUCUCACAGUUUUUGAGCAGUUCAUGAUUUUUUUUUCUUUGUAAUGUAUUUUUGGCUCUUGUAAACAACCUCAAGUGGACACUCAGAGAACUGCAGCUUUUAGCAUGAAUUCAUUGGUUUCAUUUUCAUCACCAGAGGUACAACCAAUAACAGUUGAUGACAUUGAUUACAAAUAGGAGCUCAUUGACACAGAUGAGAGACAUUUAUUUAAAAAUUUAUAAGUAAAGACAUGAAAUGACCACAACUUAUUUUUAGCCAAAAUUCUGACAAAUUAAUGUUGCUCACUGUAGCUUAAAUAGGACCGUUGCUUAUGAAUUAAGAAAAAUGUUGAACCUGUGAAUACUAAAACCAUAAUCUGGUCUAUAUCAUCAACCUUAUACUUAAGAGUACUUGAAGGUGUGACAGCUUGAAGUACACAAAAACUCUGCAGCUAAAAGUCACUGUGUUUGUAGAUUAGGAUCAGGCCAUUGAGACUCAAAUGGAUUGCAUGCAUGUUGUUUGAAAAGAGGCCUCUGUGGCUUCAGCCUCAAACAGGACAAUUAUGCACGGUGGAGUUGAUUCUCAGGAUUUAUAUUUCCGUACAUUAUCAGACUUAGAGGUGUCUUUUACCUGGAUUUUAUUCUGCUGGUGCUCUGCUGCUCAUCCACGUGUAUCCUAUAAAUAUGACACGUUCUCAUAUUAGUCUCUUACUCCAAAGCAAAACAUAAUGUCAUCAUCCUUUCUGUGCAAGGUCAAGGUUUUUCAACCACCAGAAAAACAUCGGUUUUAAUCCUGAAUGCUCAGCCUGGAUGGUGAAGGAGGUUGAAUGCCUUUCGUCCUUCAGGUGCAGAGCCACUCAGACCUGGAGAACAGAGGGAUUAUGCAGGCUCAUGAAUUUUAAGUGUGAGUUGGACGAGGGCAGGCACUCUAAAUUAAAAUACCUUCCUCGAGAACAGCUCGGACAUGUUGUACUAUUGCCUCCUCAGCCUGGCCGUCCUGGGCUUGAGAGUAAAUCUGAGCCGAGUUCUGUCUAAAUAUUGUGUGGCUCCUUUUUGAAAAACACAAGUCAUCCUCUCACACUAAAUCUCAUAGGAGAAAUGUUAUUUCACUGUGACAUUCUUGAUGUUCAGAAAAUUAAACGAAGCAUUGUCUACUCAGCCACUCAGUGAUCACUUUGACUCUGCUUUAAAUCUGUCGCACUCAAACUGAGAACUAAUCAAGACAUCCCUGUAAUGGUUUUUCCUAUUGCUUAUAUUAAAGUUGCACAUAACUUCUCUCUGCAGGCCUACCAGUUAUCCAGAGGAAGAGUGUGGCCGAUGAUCAUCAUCCUCUGUCUCAUCGCUGCCAUUCUCUCUGCCUUCCUUGACAAUGUGACAACAAUGAUGCUCUUCACCCCUGUCACUAUACGGUACAGUACAGGCUCCAUCUUUGUGUCAAUCUGUUUACCUGCUUGUUUCUGCAGCUAAAGGCAGGUAAGUGAUAUCAAAGAGUGACAUGGAAAAUGGAAACCAACAAUAGUGUUGCUAAUAAUGUGUUGCUAAUAAACUUGAUAACAUUAUAGAAAGAAAUUCACAGAGCAGUAAGUAGCCAGAUAACAGAAGGGAUGAAUGAGUUUUAGGGAGUUAAGAGGUAAAGCAGCCCAAAUAUAUAACAGCUAUCUGAUGGCGAUGGAUGAAAUUGUUGUCAACUGUCCUACAAGAGGCUCCAAGAAUUGACUUAUCAAUUUUAGACCCCAAUGAAGGUCUUGUCUUGAAGUAACAGAUUAAAAAAUGAUCAGCUGAUCAUUGCCUUAAUUAGAGGUUUACUUCAACUAGACAUACAAUAGUUUUUAAGUAUGAGUUCAGAGAAAAUCAGCACCCAUGUCUUGCAGUGUUUAGUAUAAUGGAGUAUUAGGACCAUGUCAUAGUGGCAAAAUAAUUGGGAAUUUGAAAUAAAAAAAAAGAGGCCAGCUAAAUUUACAAGAAAAAAAGUCGUAGUAGUCUACAUCAAUCCACCGGUUAUUUUGAAGGGGAACAUCAGAAGAGCAUUUAGCCGUCUGCUGUAAAAAUGUUGAGCAUCUUGUGAAAUUGUACUCAAAUACAGGUUUUAUUAAAAAAAGAAAAACUCAGUCUAUUAGCAGAUCAGUCACAUUUUUACAAACAUGAAGGUUUUGAAUUUGUUGUACCAGAGGAAGGGCAGGAGAGGUAGUCCAAGUGGACUUGUGUGUUCUGUUCACACCAAUCGCUAAAUAAAGUCACUUACUCGCUUGAUUAGGGCGUAUCUGGACACUUGAAUGAUGUGUGUUUAACUGCUCCAUUCAUGUGUUUAUAUCACGUAUGCAGAGUGCCCAAACACACACGUGAUUGUAAGAAAGGAGGAAAAGAAAGGAUGGGUUUCCAGUACAUGUCAAGUCAGUCUGUUUGCAUCACCCAUAGCUGAAGUUGACCAGAUUGUGAGGAUCUGUUGUGUUAAAACGAUUUAGCAGAAAACCUGAAAUCUUUACUUCCUGUCUUUCAUGUGAGCUUGUUUCAAGUCUGUCUUGAUAUCAAACAAUCUGUAUCCAAUAUCUCAGAUGGCCUCAUACAGGUGCGAUCAGUUUAUUCUCUGUUUUUCACAGGAAUCAAUCUCCUGGUCUGUUGUUGACAUAUGACAGCAGGGACUCUGUGCUGAUUGGCUAUUGUGGCACCAUUUACUCGCUUGAGUUUGGAUUUAUUAACUCCACAGAGAUGCGAUUAAUUUGAACAGUCCGUACAAUUCGCACUAUUUGCACAGCCUUAUCUGUGUCAUUUGUGUUGCCAACAAAAAAUUGUGUCUAAUCACAUCUUUACAUUGACUUUACCUGCGCAAUGAUUUUAUUCAUGUUUGGUGUGACGCACUGUGACAACCACUGUUUGCCUAUUCAACUGUUUAGUUUGUCACAAUAUAAUUAAAGUUACUCAUCAUCAAGCAGACAGCUGGCUGAUUCUCUGAUAUCAUUAUCUAUAGAGACUAAUCAAGAAUGAAGACUGAAGAAUUUGAAUUUACAAUUUUUUUUUUGUUCAAUUUGUGACUCUUUGGUCCUCUGACAAUUUUUUUUCUUUUUAAAAAUCUGCCUCAGUUCUUGUAAAAGUAAAACUUCAUUCUUGAGAGCUCAAAUGAUUUUAUUCUGUAUGUGACCCUGAUUCUCUGCUGUAGUUCAGCUUGUGCAUAUUUUUGACAGAAAGGCUGCACUUUCAGAAAUGUCUAUUUUCUUGCAGUGUGGUACAAAAGAUAAACACUAUUGCAGUCAUUAGGACACUGUGACAUAAAUUUUACUACACAUUUUAAUCUGUCAUAACGCUGAAAUAUAUUAGUAUGCAUAAAUGAUUGAAUGCACAAUACAGUGGUAUGUGAAAAUCCUGCAACAACGUUGUGACUUGAAAGAAGAGUGAAUAGAUACUUUGUUUCAGAUUAUUACCUUGUAGGAUGGAGUUCUGCUGUUACAUAUGUUAAUUAGUAAGCAAUUAAAUGUUCUGUUGAGCUGAAUACUUUGCUUUUGAAAGAGCUGAACUAGCUGUUCCAAGUCUUUGUGCUGAGCUUAGCUGACUGAGUACUUUUUGACACAUCAUGUUUACCAUUAACAUUUUUUAACUGUAUUGAUUAAUAACUUAUAACUUAUUAAUAACUUAUUAGAAAUGCUUUUUGUUUUGAAAUGGUAAAAUACUGCUAAGGUACAGAAUGAAUAACAUUAACAUUAAAUGUUUUCUUAACAUUAAAUGUUAACUUCUUGCAUCCUUUCAUUGGCUCAAUAAUACAGUAGCUAAUAUUUUUAUUGUAAAUUGCCAAAUCAGCAACAAACUCAGACCCUCCCCUCUGAAAAGGCUGAAUAUAUAUAAAGCAGGAAAACAGGUUACAACCCUAAAACAGAUCCACUCCAAGGAACCUAUAAUUUACUCUAGUGCCCUGUCUCACAAUCAAGUUUUGUGGUCUUCCUCACAGUGUUAUUAACUCUAUUUUCUGAUCUUGUAUAGAAUCCCAGCAGUGAACCAUUGUAAAGUCCAUAUUUGUUUUUAUAGAAGUUCAGAUUAGUGAUAAUAUUUGACACGACUGAAAUUAGACACGCCACAAAAAAACUACAAGUCUGUUUUAAUGCUCUAGCCUGCUAUCAGGACAACAUGGGGUAUAUCCUCUAUAGCCACAAUGUUAAAGGACCAAUGCUUUUUAUCUUCCAAUAUCCGUUUUAUAUUGCUGUAUUACUUUCUCCCACACAUCACAAUCUAAUCAGAGCUAAAGGGCUUUUCUGUCUAUCUGAUUUUGCAGGUUGUGUGAGGUGCUUAAUCUAGACCCCAGACAUGUCCUGAUUGCAGAAGUAAUCUUCACCAACAUCGGAGGGGCUGCCACAGCUGUCGGUGAUCCACCCAAUGUGAUUAUAGUAUCAAAUCAGGACCUGCGCAGAGAAGUAAGCACUUUCACAGCUCUCAUGUCUCAACUUGCUCUAAUAUAGUGCAACAGAUCAGCCCGGUGUAAUCUGACACAUGGACCAGACGCUUAGUGUAUCUAACAUAAUGCUUUUCCUACCCAACUUAAACCCUUAAUACUCGAAUUAGAUGAAGAGAAAAUUGCUGUUUUAAGCCCCACAAAUAUGAAAUGCGUAUGAACAGUUGAAGAACAUGUCAAGUGAUUUUUUUCUUUGUGCCUUUGUUUGUCUUCUGUAUAAUCUAUUGUAUAUAUUUCAGAGAUUCAGAUUUGAAGCAGAGGGAUGCCAAAAGUCUCAGCUAAUUGGUUUUGGUCAGUGGGUCUGUCCCAUAGGGAAAGUUAAUGUAGUCAAUGCACGGUCCAUCAGUGCUUGUAACUGCAAAUCCUAUUUCUGCUGUGCUCUGCUGCUGCACCUGUGGCCAGCAAGGCAGAUACAGACACAGAUGGUACUUGAAAGAGCUACACAGAAACUGCACAUUGUGGACUUUGUUAAAAGCAAAUGAAGUCUGUACAAAAUGAUAACAUCUUAACCUUUUUUCUGCUUGGAGCCCCCAAAAACUAACUGUAUCAUCCAUACCAGUGCAAUUUACUGUAUAUCCCAGAAUUAAAAGGGAUAUCCCAGCGUAAAUUUAAGUCAUGGUCAAACACACCGUGACACCAAGUUAGACACCCCCUUGAGAGAUGAAUGUUGCCGACUGCUUGCGUCUCUAGUCUAGUCAUAAAGUUAUAUCUGUAUAGAUGAUCACCAGAGUUUUGUGGCUCAAGGCAGAACAUUUAUGAUCAUUUCUUCAUAGAAAUGCAAUCAGACUGAGAUGCUGAGGCAGAGGAACUACUGCGUCUGCAGUGCAAAAUGACUAUUAUUAUUAUUAUGGUUUUUACUUCAUUGAAAUGAUCCGCUGAACUCGAUGAUUGACUCGUCAGGGCUCCCCCAUUUACAAGCGGCUGCUGCAGGAGAGUGGUUUGCUAAAGAAACCAGGCAAAGCUAAAAAGAUGUUUGAUGGCUAGUACUAAUGCAGGGACCCUAUAUGAACUGUUGACUGUUAGAUAGGUUAGGUGCUGUUCUGAGCAUUAUUUGUGGCUAUAGAGUGGCUUGAGGUUUGCGCAUGGAGACGUAGACGUGGAGACGUGGAGACGUGGAGACGUGGAGACGUGGAGACGUGUAUUGCUAUCGUGUGGUUGUAACAAAAGUUAGUAUAUCUCGAGGGGGUGUCUAACUUGGUAUUACAGUGUGUUUGACUAGAGCUUAAAUUUACGCUGGAAUAUCCCUUUAAGGUAUCUGUUAGAGGCAUGAUCAGCUGUAACAUUUAGAUAGCUGGAUCAAGUUUUAUGACCACCGAACAAAAGUGACUCAGAUGAUGAAUUAUGUCCACAUUUGAACUUUAUAAAUUUUAUUUCUAGGUUAGUUUUGAAAAGGUUUCAUAGUUUAGGGUUGACCCUAUAUUUGGCACCUAACUAUGCACUUUACUUCCUGAAGGUUAUAUCCCUGAAGUACUCUUUUGGGUUUCUGUCUCCUCUGUGAAGCAAUUUCCAUAAAGUAAUAUCUCAGCGUAAGUAAGUUUAAUGGCACUGGACAAAGAAAACAUAUAAUAAUAAAAAUGAUUUUGUUUGAAGAGAGCUUUUCAAGACACUCAGAGACACUCUACACUGCAGGGCAAAUGAAGAUCCCAGAGAAGUGAAAAUGUGUGUUGGUUAGUCAUGCUCCUGGAGAGCAGCAGUAAAAAGCCUUCUUGUUGUGCAGAGUUUCUCUAAAGCCAUCAUGUGCCUUAAAUAAGCUCUGACAUUCAUGACCCAGCACAGCUUCUGCAGUGCAUAAAUCAGAGUGGAGAAACAGACAGUUGCAUGUUGUAUGUUAUGAGUAUGCGCUUUAGGUAAAUGUUAUCAUCAGUUUGUUGCCAGGGUGUUCAUAUGAUAUUUCUGCUCACCACAAUUGCUGUGUAUUUAUACACUCCUGAGUCAUGACCUCUAUUUAUGUUGAUAUGCAGGUGAUGAAUGGAGAUGUUGUAGCAGGGAAGGCAAUUUAUAUUUUUUUGCUGCUGCCGCCAUAAAUCACAGGAAUCAGAAAUGUCAGAAUAGCAAAGGAAAACACUAAAACACCUUUCUGUUUCAGUGUACCUGCACAGUGGAACACAAUGUUGCACAAGCAAAUUUCCUGGAGACAUCAUUUAUGAGAUAUUUUUUGUUGUCUCCAUCAAGAAGAUCGUGUGCUAUUGUCUGUGUUUCUGUUUGUUCUUAACAGGAGCACCCAAAAUAAACUAUUGUCCUUAGAAAUAGGUAGCAUGCUGUAAUCGCACAGAAGCAGCGAAAAACCAACGAAAUUUGACCACCUUUGUCAAAUAAUGGCAGAUCAAACACACCAAACAAACAAAAAAUCUUGGUCUUUUGAGCCCAAUUUUUCAUAACUGAGAUCAAAUGAAUUCAUUUGAAUCUUUCAGGUAAACGUGAGACUGAUGUUAGCUGAUGUAGGAGUUUGAAGUCAUGUUGCCUGAAUUAACAAAACAACCUAUUAUAAGUAGUCACAUCUAAGUAAAGUAGUAAGAUUUACAUUUUUAUACUACCAUAUCCAGACCAAAUUAUUGAUUACUUUUGCAGACUAGUAUGUUGUGGAAGACAUCCAUCUGGGCAGGGGUGUGUGCUUGAGGGGGAUUCUCCAGGUUCAUGCAAGCUUUUGUGAGUCGUAUUAUAACCGAAUUUGAAACAGACUAAAAAAUGAUAUGUUUUCUAGUACAUGGCAAUGCCAUUAAAUGAUGGAAAAACUCAGUAAAUCAAGAGACACAACACAGAUGACUGACAAAAUCAAGUGUCUAUACUGACAACUUUUAGUGUGAAGGGAGUGGGAGUUAAGUUGAACUUGAUUAACUUGACCCUAGUAAGGGUCUGAAGCUCUGUUAUGUUAACAGUGAGAUGCUUAUCCACCUUCUUGAAGGCACAGCAGAGAGAGACUAAUCAGCCUGCUUACCUUUUUCUUAUAGAGCCAGCAGGUCAGUUGCCAGCGGCCUGAUGAGUCUUACGCAACAUCCACAAAUCAACAGAUAUCUUUAAAAAAAUGUUUUUCCCUUACUUCUUUCAAAAACUGCCAGAAGUAUUUUUGAACAUUUCCCUGUGCACAGGACAGUGCAGAAAUGGUUGGUGUGAAUAAUGAAUUAUCGGUGUGUCAGGGCCAACACCAUGGAACAAUUUUGUGCCUAUGUAUACUGAGCAUCUUCUUGAACAGGCUGCAGUUAUAAACAUCAUUCUCAAAACUCUGUGCAGUGGAUGAUAAAAAAAUGAUUGAGCAGGAAAUAUACAUAGAGCUCUGCAAUGAAACUGUACAGUACUAAACCUGUGUCUGAUUCCAGUAAACGAAAAGGAAUGCUUGCAUGUAAACUGGAGACCAAGUCGUAAAUAUAAAAAAAAAUCUAUGAUUUAGAAAUAUCCUCUUAUGGGCAGACAGGACCUCAGAGUGACUCUGCUUGGUCCUGGUGAAUGAACCUUUACUUCUGGUGACUCUCCUUGCUUUUAAGGCAACUUUGGCUCUGAUUAUCCCAUGGUCUGUGAGUGUGUCUCAUGUAUGCAGUGACUGCAACACCUGAAAUAGGAAGAAAAUUCCACUAUCAGCUGUCCCAACUUUUGCAUGUGCAAAGAUUAUUAAAAACAAAACAAAACACUAAACUAAAAAUGUACAGGAAAAACAUCAGCAAAGAGGAAAGAGGUCUACUUUGUCCACAGGGGGUGCCAAGUCUUUACAAAACAUGACUUCCUCACAGAGCUUUGGAUAUAAGAUGCCACAGAGAUUAUACAAUAUUAUAAGCACUACAGCUGCUCUUUAAGUCCCCUCUGGUAGCACAUUUAAUUAUUUCUGAUGCUGAUGUGGAGUACUGCCUCCCUAGUACUUCCUCUUCCUAUAACAAGACACACCUCAUCCGCAGCUGCUGGUGUGGCUCUCAUCACACUAUAAGUGACGUGCCUGGGCACACUGGAGUCCCUCUCUUUGGGAUUAUAGUGUGAUUAAACUUGUGAAAGAGACAGCGUUACUGCUGAUGCAAUGAUAUAUGGAAGCAUGUAACUGAAGGCUGAGCUUUCAUGACAUAAAUAACACUUUGAGUGUUAGCUAAGACCUUCAGUGACAGUUAUUGUGUCUGUUCCACCAGGCUUAGUGGGAUGGGACUUUUUUCAGUGUAAAGAAGUGAUUUAGUACAUCAUUGAACACAUAUUUGAACCUUGAUCAUUGUUUAAAAUGAUUACAUAUAAAUAUCACUGCAUAAGAACAUUACAGAAUAGUAUAAGUGCCAAGUGAGUGGGGAUUUGUAGUCUUCUGAGAAAGGAGUCAAAUGUUGAGAAUCUUAACAUGUAACAAUUUGAAUUAACUAUACUUAUACUUAUACUUAUACAGUUUUAAUCCAAUCAACACUUCAACUCUAUUCUGAACAUAUAAUGUCAUUAUACAUUUUGACUAAACUUCUAUUUUUUAUUGCUUUAGCUGUUUUUCCAUCGCUUUCUUUAUGUUGAUGUCUUUUUUCCACUUUGUUUUUUUUCUUCUCAGUCCAGCUUAAUUUGCAAAGCUCAUAUUUAUGUUGUAGGACAGAGGUUUAGAUACACAUUUGCAAGUAAAAGCAUUAAUAUUUAAAUUAUCAAGUCCUAAUGUUAUGAGAAUUAAGCGAAAUGGAUAAAAGAAUAACACGAAUUUACAAGUUUUACAUUUUAAAUUUACCAGAAUAAUCAAAUGAGAGAAGGUGUAAUUAUAGACUGUCGUUCUUUUAAAUAUAAACAUAUUUAUAUAUUCAAGCUUUAAUGUCUUCAUUUUGAAACUUGGACAGAGAGUGUGGAGUGACCUCAUGCUGGAAUCAAACCGAGGCUGCCAGCUUAAGGACUGUAGCCUCUGAAAACAAGGCACAUGACUUUACCACUAAGACAGGCAGUGGUUAUUUUGCGUGUAAAAUAACUUGUAGGUGGCCAUCAGAGAGGCAGCCAGCUGCCUGAACAAAAAUGAGGAUGCUUGAUAAUCCUGUGAAGUUGGACUGAACAGCUGAGGACAAACAGCAGUUGCAGAAGUUUUCAAAGGCUGCCAAUCAGGCUCCCCUUCCUCAUAAAGGAUUCCUUUUUUUGCAGUCUCUUUAGAGUCCUGAUACAUAUGACAAUGUACCCCUGAUGAGCUGAAAGAUAAAGUAAUCACUUAUGUAUGAAACCCAAACUAAGUAUAACUUCAUAAGGGGAUCCUAAUUCUAAUGCAUGCAGCUGGCUGCUCUUCUGACGUUACCCUCCAAAAUAAAGUUUCAAACAGACAGUUCAUGUUUGUAGUGAUUGGAAAUGUUUAUCAGAACAGCAUUACAUGGUUUGUGUUUGGUAUCCAGACUUGAGCGUGGUGGGAUCAAAACAAUGCGUGCAGUAGCACUGAGGGACAGUGGUAGCAUUGACAGAGACCUUUAAUGUUGCAGCCCAGAUAGACUACCAAAUUAGCAUAAAUGUAGUCAAGUGAUGGAGGGUCUGAUGUCUAUCAUGAGAGUGUAUAAACAGUGCAGCUCAAGUUGUCUGCCUGAUCUAGCUCAUUCACUAACCACAGUCUAAAAUUAUGACUUUAUUCACAUCAUAUCAUGGCUUUAUUCCCAAAAUCUAUUUUUCCCUCAAUGUGACACUUAUUGUCCAACUGAAUUUUGAUUUUUAGAGUGAAAAUAAAUAAAUAAAAUAAAAUAAAUAAACAUGAUUCCUAGCUUGUCCAAACCCUUCUCACUUAAAAUGAUGUCGUUCUGUCACACUGUCAAAUUUAAACUUAAUUCAGAUAUUUGUGACUUUAUUUGAUUUACACAACUUCAUUUAUUUUCUCUGUCAACCAAUAGUACGGAAAUAGAUUUAGCAGCAGAUUUCCUCUGCUAUUUUUAUCCUGUAUGCAGAUUUUGACUAAAGUAAACAGCAGUGAGAACAUUUCACUGAGUGAAUCAGAGCGGCCCGUCUCUGAAAAGGGCAAUGACUUGUAGGCUCCUCUCAUAACCUUCACUCGUCUUAUACUCUGAGGGCUAAAAUGCUGCAGCGCAAGAAGACAUGACAUUUUCCCAGCUGCUUGAUGUGGCAUCUGUUCUUGCCGUGUGACAUUUUAGCCUUUGCGGGUGCAGCAGUAUGUGGUCUCCUCCGAUGUACAGUAGCAUCCUGCUUUACCGGGCUCCUGCAGCUCGCUGUCCAGUUUGUCUUGGCUCGGUUUCCCAGGUGACAGAAUGGCGGGGACACAGUGACAGCGUGCUCAUCCAGUCAUGUCUGGCCUCUGAUAAGGACAGCUUGUGUGGGCAUGCAUGGUUCGUUUGGCUGUGUGUUUGUUUGUUUGCAUGCUUACUUGUUUGUGUCGAGGGGAUAUUUUGAGGGGAAAUCCAGAAAUAGAAAGAAGACUUUGGCAGGGCAGUGUGUACUUAGGUGAUUCUGCCCUCGUAAGAGCGUCCUUGUAUUUGAUUUGUCACAGAGCAGGAUAGCAUGCCGCAUACAAAAUCUUAAACUCUUUGUGUUUUAAUUUUAUCAGAGGAAGUUGGUGACUCUCUGUGCCAAAUGGAUCACCUCCAACUGGUCAGACAAGUGGUUGACAUUGGCUCUAAAAUAUGGAAACAACAGGGUCAUAUUUGAUGGCUGUAAACAGAGAUACAUUACAGCAGCAAACACAAACACAACAAACUGACAUUUAGAUGUUUGCUGUCUUCUUCUUUCCUCCUUAAUGGUUUAGAGGUUUUACAAAACCUUCCCUAGACAUAGAAACAAGAUUUUCUUCUUUGUGCAUUGAGAUGUAUCAGCUUGACCGAUCAAUAUCUCAAAGUAAAAAUGUGUCAUCAUAUCGUUUAUUCAGCAGACUUUGCCCCGAUGUGGUUAUUGUUAAUACUCUCAGCACUGUCUUUAGCACAAGUUGCACAGCAAUGCUUAGCGUAUUCUACACUUAAAAUGUUUGACUUGAAGUCUAAUGUUGAAUUUUCUUGUACAUUUGCAUGGUAAUAUUUUGCAAAAUGACCGAAUCAUUCAUAAAAUUUUAAACAUGUCAUCAGGUCAGGGUCAAAACAACCCUGACCUGAUGACCUGGUGAGACGUUAACUCCAUGUGUGCAAGGAUACCUAGCCCAGGUUCACACUUGAGAAUGGAAGGUCCACAUGAAUGAUCAGUUUGACAAGCUUUACUGGUUGCACAUCUGGGUUACAGCUUCAGCAUGCCACAAGUGUAACAAAGACUGGUCUGAGACUGUUAAGGUAUGUAUAGGCGCCCAUGUUUCCAAACAUUCUGCUUACGUGUUGUUGACCUAAAGGAGAGUCCAUGUAGGGUAAGAACAAAGAACGAUAUGUUUUGAGAAGCCUUUGUUGAAAAUAUAGAAAGCCCAUAUAGGGGACGUAUUUUGGGAGCCUGAGUGAUGUUAAACAUGUGUACAAGGUCCUUGUUGAGGAUUGUUGUUGAAGGCUCAUGGCUCCAGGAAUCUAGCACCAAAGUAUCCAAGGUAUUUGAGUGACACAGCUCCACCAUCCUAAAAGCUGACAUGAUUGGCUAAAAAAAAAAUCUUCCUUACAAUAUGUAAAAUGUGUUUUUUUCAGCCAUCUUUUGGGGAAUGGGGAAAGAGGCUAGCUUCAAAUCAGAAAUUGACUCAAAAGUGGCUUUUAUUGAAAUGAUUGAAAAAAUGUCAGUUGGAUAUAUUUUGAUUUCUGGCCAGUCAAUGGAAAGAAGCUGUGCAUUUUACACAUAAACUUAUUUAGGCUUGUGAAGUCAUUUGGUGAGAAAUUGACAUCAGGAAAGGAAUGAACAGCUUCGUAUUAAACAGCCAAGUUCAAUUUGCAUGACAGAUAUUGAAUCACACAGCCCUUCUUUGUUAAGUCACAUUACAGUUGGAGAAGUGAUACCAGAGUCAAAAUUGUGUCUGGGAUGGGCUCUAGUAUUCAUUUUUACCAGGCUUGUGUGAGCAUGAGCAGCUGUCCUCAACCCACCAGGCUGCCCCGAGGGUCACAGCAGACUGAGAGAGCGGGUCUCUGUGGAGACAUGAAUUACGCAGAGCUGUGCGGUAUGACUGAGGCAACAAGGCGACAUGGUGAUGGAAUCAGAGAUUGUGUGACAUGACAGGGACCUUUGCAUUAAAUCAACUUCAGACUUGAUGAGGUGUUUAAGAUCUUUUGCACACUCAGAUUUGAUUUAGUACAAGAUAUUCAGUUUUUUUUAGAGCUUCAGGUUGUGUCUGAGAAUACCUUUAUCCUGUUGUAAGUUUUAUUGCAUCAGCCCCUUACUCUCUUUAUCUACACUUUUGUUGCUACUUGAACACUUUCAAAUCCUGUAGAGGUCACUGUUAACCAGUUUUAUUAUUCUGUUCUAUUGUAUAUAGCAUAAAAAUGGUAUCAAUCAAUGAACGCUCAAAGUCAGACAUUAAAAACUUCAUCUCAAAGGCUUCAUGCAGAGGCUCUUGCUUUCCUCAGAGGCAGCCAGGUUGCGGAGAGGCUGACAGGAUCAGAUGUACCCACACUGUGUUAUAAUGUGUUGUAUUGUGGCAGACAAAGCAAGGGGCUUAAGAAUUUCACGAUAUUCCUAAUUCACAUGACAAUGAGCUUGAACCCUGAACUCAUUAUUAUUUUAUGGAUGGACACAUUUCAAAGAUGUCUUGAUAAAACCUUGUUGUCUCUCAAUGAUUAACACCUUAUAAUGAAGACAGCCUCAGCCAGUGGCUGUGCUCUUCUUUUAUGUGCAGCCUGUAAAAUGUGCUCCACUACAAUUCACAGUGAGGUGGACAUAUAAAACCUUUAGGACACAAUUAUCAUCCCUCCUUUAUGUGCAAUUAUCACAUUUGCUGCUUCUUUAUUCCCUUUCCUCAGGCUGCCCUCUAAUAUAAGCUUGAAUCUCUUCUAAUGUCACGUAGCAUAAUGUCACUGUUCCUCUCUCUACACUUGGAAUUAUCACACUUCCUUUAUAAACAUGAUAUAAUGUGCCAGCCACCUACUUUGAUUCAUUUCCCUUUUUUCAUUUAGCGACAUAUUCACAGGAAAAAACAGUCUUCUGCUGGAAACCUGUGGACUUCAAAUGCAGAGAUCAGGGCUAGAUUAAAAGGGGACUUUACAACAGCUGAUGUAAGACUACAAACCACAGGAGUGAGGAAAUACUGCCAUUUAAAAUAAGUUUUAAGGUCUUUUUUUCAUGUAGACAGAUUUUGCUGCAGUCAUGUCCACAGCAGCACGUAUCUUUGCAUCUCAUAUCUCCAGUUUCUUUAAACUGAAGCUUGUUGACGUCUUCCUACUUAAAAUCAUACGAUAUACUAUUACUGAUUUCACCAAAAGGAUUUUUUUCACUUCCAUCUGGUCAAUCAGUGAAAGGCUCUUUUCUUAGAGGAGAAACACUAGAAUUAACACCUGGGUGAUUUUCCAUUUGGAUGGUAAAUCUCAGAGGGCAGUUUGUUACAUGGCUGGUAAAUGUUUCUACUGAAAUGUUCAACAAUUCUGAGUCUUUCUCACAUUUUGAUGUGGCUUCAACAUCUUUCUCCUGCUCCUCUGUUGUCUGAAUGCACAUUUCCCUCCCUCCCCUUCUUUUUACUUUUCUCUCCGUCCUUUUAUUCUUAGUGCCCUUAGGGGGUUUUGGUGCUGGUGGUGUCAUGAUGGAUCUUCUUAGAAACUUCCCCAAAGUGACUGCAGUGAACUUUGGCAUUUCUUUAUGGUUUGGCAUGAUGAUUGGAAAAAAAAUUAGAUUAUUCUUCAAACUGCAUCCUGUUGGUGGUGGAUCUUGGUAGUGAACAGAUGAAGUUAUCUCCAUUAACGGGAGAGCAGAUUAGAGUUUUCAUUCUUUUUUUUAUUAGUCAAUGUAAUCUUUUUCAGGGAAGACAGUGGUGAUCUGAGAUAGAGAGCAAAAGACUCUGCUUCUCUUUACACUUCCCUGUCUUUCCAUGACUGCCGGUAUUUUACAGAGGACUGUAAACUUGCUCUUGUAAGAUUUCAGUGGAAACUUCUGCUUAUGUUAAAACCAUCUCAGCAAGUGCAACCAUUAAAAAUUUGGUGGUGUGAAGUCCAUCCUGAAUGAAAAUUACUUUCAAACUAUGGAAAGUUUGAAAUCAAGCACAGUUGGUAAAACUGUAUAUUUCCACCUAAAGGUUUCUGUUCAGGGAGAGCAUUCUUGGGGAGUAGACAGAACUUAAAACUUAAUGAGUGCUAAUGAACAUGAUAAAUUUAUUAAGUAUUCGCAGCGUGUUUUGUACACUGUUCCGCAUGGAAACUGGUUGUGUUAAAUAGUACAGACACAAAACCUAGCCCUGGGAAGCUGUCACUUUAAAUUGAGUGGUCAUUGCCAUGUGCAUUUUUGAACAUCUGUGGCCUUGAUUGGCUGGUAUCAAUGAGUCUUUGACCUUUUUUUUCAAAACUAUUCCAGCAAAGUCUAUACUUUUGAUGAAAACAGAGACCAGUUCAAACCUUUUCUUCUCAGCUGUUGCCUUCUCUGUGGACCAUGACUUUGUUUUUCAGAGCUGAACAGCAUACAGAAGUCCUCCUUUUUUCUUUCUAAAGCUGACGUCUUGGCACUGGGGCUAACAUCUGAUAAAGAUAUGUUUCUCUAUCUCAAAAGACCUUGUUGUCUAAUGACGUAUUAUUCUUUGUCUUGCAGGGGAUUGAUUUUGCCAGUUUCACAGGCUACAUGUUCCUUGGAAUCUGCCUCGUCCUUCUCACCUCAUUUCCUUUUCUGCGGAUGCUCUACUGGAACAAAAAGCUCUACAACAAAGAGUCUAUUGAAAUAGUUGGUGAGUGAAGAUUUUUUUGCAACUCAUGGCUGCUCCCCCGAAUACUUUUCUAUAUAGAAGUAAUAAAGGGUGCUGUUGUACAGGGGAGUUAUCAAGUUGUCAUGGGUAUGAAAUGUAAAUUGCAGGAUCGCUGUGAAUGCAGCACAAUGAAAAAAUCAUUCAUGAUUGCUGCCGAUUAUUAUGGAGUCUAUAAAUCCCCCCAGAACACCUUAGCACAUUUACCCAACAUCAGUGCUACUCGCCUCCUCAGGUGCUGUAGUGACCUCAAAGACACUUAAUUAACUCUGCGGUAUGACCUUUGAUUCCUUCAUCUGGUGUCUAUGGUGCUCUCUGAAUUGAAUAACCCUACUCUUCCAUCCCAGAUGAUUUUCAACGUAUUUCAUUCAAGAUGAGCUCAUAAGAUGGCCCGUCUUCUCCGAUAAAGCAUUCCUGGUGUGCAGCAAAGUUAAUGAGAGGGAGGAUCUCUGCAGUUAUAAUGCAAUAUUUACCUUAUAGCUAUGUUCACAGUUAAUGAAAGGAGCUUUAAGUAACAUCAAUGUAGUUUUUAUUUUGGCAACCUCAUGGACAAGGCAGUUUUCAGAUAGAGAAUCAUAGCUAUGUCUAUGUGAAUGUUCACGGUGUAAAAUGUAGAUUAGGGGCCUCCAAGCUUGUAUGGUGAGAACCACCGUGUCUGACUUUGGCAGCCACAACAUAUCUUUCAAAUAACUGCAUUGAAAUGAUCAAUUUGAUAUCUCAUAGACUUGUUCGCUUUUGUAGAUCAAAUAGAGACAUAAGUUCUGAUGUAAGUAUGUUCUAUGGGAGUUUUUUCUAAUCGGACGCUCACACCAAGCGUGAGUAAAAUCAUCUACUUGCUUAAUUUGUGCAAAUCUAGACGCGUGAAUAAAUAGUAUUUACUCGCGUUGGUGGUAAUUUCAUUGUAAUCCCUGCCAAUUCAACCGGCAGGAUCAAGUGAUGUACAAAAUUUUUUUUUAUACCAGCCAACCCAGCCUCCUCACUCACUUGCCUCCAGGCGUGCUCCUUUUUAUUCUGGUUUUGGUGAUUGAAAGAAAAUUUAUCAUUUAAUUUGUGGCACCCACAGACUGACAGGAUCAGUUUGUCCUCCAUUUUAGAUACCAGUGAACAACUGUCCAUUUUCAUAUGGACCCGGCAACCUUCUUGCUGAUUAGUUAUCGCAACGCCAAUAUCCAAACAAGUUGAGACAGUUUCAACCCCCACCCAAUUCGCGUCAUUCGCACCGCCAGAGUAGUCGGAGUGUCUAAUUGCAUCUUUGUAUUUACUUAACAUGUAAUUCAUUCGCAUGGAUGAUUUUGGUGUGUGAAGACAGUCAAUCUUCUUGGAUCGUCGUCAUCAUUCCAAAUAUGGUCAACAGACAAUUUAAACAUAAAACACUUGCCCUUUGUUUCUGUCUGUUUUUUCAUGCCUCUGCUUUCCUUGCAUAAACAUCACAGUGACCGUAUCCUUCAUAUUAUCUUUAUUUUACAACCUCUGUGCACAUGUUGGAUAGCAUUUUUUCAGCACAGGUGAUAGAUGUAGCCUUGCUUCUAUUCUGGUUCACUGGACAGUCUAUCGACAAAGAAGCCAAGCUGACCUGGGUCCCUUGUGGCUAAUACACAUCCUAUUGAAAAGUACCUCAUGCAACCCUGCUUGAAAAGUACCUUUAUUGGUUACAAAGCUUGUAAAUAUACUUUAGAUUGGUUUAAUUAAAGAGUUCAUAGUGCGGUCAUGUUUCACACCAAUUCCUGUGGUGGAAAACUUUCACCUUUGGUCUCUUUGCUGGACUCCCUUGGGAGUUUGAUGAUUCAUAGAGAGUUUCAGACACUGUAAAGCUCAUCUCAGAAAACCCCCUCACUCAGCUGCUCAGCUGCUGCUUUUGACUGGUUUGUAGAGAAAAAUAAAGGAAAAGAAGCUUCUCUCCUAUGGCACAGACACACAGGCUAGUCAUUCAGCUUCAGAGUCUUUUUGCUAGAGUCUGACCAAUGCAUCAACCGGACGGUCACAGUUGAAGGCAAACGCAAGUGAAAAGCACAACUCAGGCGGCAGAAAAUUAAUCCAGCAGUCCAAACUAGGAAAAAAAAACAAGAAUUCAAACUCCAGGCAUGUAAACAAGAAGACGUCAGGCUGAGCAGAAUCCAAAUAUAACUGAGUCAAAAGCAAAUCUAGCAGGAUAACUCAAGUAAAACCAACUCCCUGUGAAGUUUGGGCAAAGAGACAAAGAUAAUCAGACAUAGACCUGAAAAACUGAUGUUUUCAGUGUACAGUAGAAAUGAUCCGAACAUAGGAAAGAGAUGAAUGAACAAAGGAAAGUAAACUGGUUAUACUGUCUAAGAGGAGGCAGGAGGGACUGAGUAAAAUAGAGGCACAGAGGAGACACCAGAGUGAAUAAACAGAUAAUUAAUAGCCUUUGUGAAUCUAUCGUAACAUUUACUGCAGAAAACAGUACUUAAAGAGAGUAGAGACCAUGUGGCCCCAUUGCUGGUGAUAGUCUGGAAUUGGUGUAUGACGUAAAAUAAAGAUAAGAUGAGAUAAGAGGAACUUUAUUGAUCCCCAAAGAGAAAUUCAAUAAAGUGAAAUUUAAAAUUAGGGUGACAAGCCAUUUCUUUAUGGUAAGUUGCCUUCCGAUUACAAUAAUGAUGCUGCAAAAUCUGUGCAGUGUCAGUUAGAGAAAUUGUGUAAUAGUUAAUAUUUCUCUGUAAAACUAACUCUAUCGGCUGAGUUCAACUAAACCAGCUAGGUUUGACAGUAGACAAUGGGCAACCAAUGAAACUGAAUAUGUGUUUGCAUUUCUCCCAGGAACACAGUCCCCUCUUAUCAUUGUUUACCCACAAUCCUACAGUGCCUUCCCCCUCUGAGACAACCUCAGCAGGGGAUCAUUAAAACAGAUCUCCAGUCGUCAACACCGCUUCCAUUCAGGGAGUGAGGAUGAGCGACUGUUUAGAGCUGUAAAGUCACACUGAGUCUCAGGCAGAUUGAAGGAAGCUGCUUCAGAUCAAUGCUGCAGCCGUUCAAUGCUGGCCUGAUAGCCGAUCAGUAAAUCCCACCCUGAGGAGUUCCGCUUCUCCUGCCAAUCUGGCGGACCUCGCAGUGCAUACAGCUAAAUCAGCUCCAAAGCCCCUACCACGACUGGUAAUUGUGCAGAUUCGCUUACAGGAAUGUUUUUUCCCUGUGCUAGUUAGAUCCUAUUAAGGUCACCUAGCAACCUUCUGAAAAGCGGAUGGCACCUACUGAUUUCUACACAGGCAUCAAGCUCCCUCAGGCUGCGUCUCCGCUUCAACAUUGGCUAUUCUUUAACUGGUCAAUGUGCCUAUCACAUGGCUGCAUUAGUCCCUCUAUGGGGGCUCUCAGCAUAUUGACCAAAAGCAUCUUUAUAUCCUCUCUGUGAGCCUCAGCUGUAGGAGCUGUUAUCAAUAAAUCCCUUAUGUUUCAUACUGAUGCUGAGUAAUACCCCUCUGCUAACUGUGUGAAUCUUUCUGUUUACCUUGUACUAAACUGGUGUGUGACUUUCUCCUUCUCUGUUUGUCCUGUUUCCAGAGCUCAAGCAUGAGAUCCUGGUCUGGAGGCAGACGGCUCAGCGCAUCAACCCCGCCAGCAGAGAGGAGACAGCUGUGAAGUGUCUCCUGAUGCAAAAAGUCCUCAACCUGGAAAAUCUGCUCCGUAAGAUGAUGAAAACCUUCCAAAGGUAAAAAAAAACAAAAACCUGAAAACACACAACACAUCCGUUGUUUUUUCAAACCAAUUCUCAUUGAAACACAUUGUCAUCAUUCCAGCUCACACUUUUGGUACAGGUUGUAAGAAUGUGACAUAUAAUUGCACCUUUUUGCUAUGACUUCAGUAACAAUAAAAUGUCUGUCCAUCAAUACUCAGCUCAUUGAGCUUGUUGUUAGUUAAAGUAUGAGGGUGUUAAGCACUUAAAGUGCAGUUGGAAACUUCAUUUGGACAUUUCUUAACCAGACAGGUGGGGAUUACACCUUUUUUUCAAGUGUAUGUAAAGUGUCAUAAAGGAUGUUAUCAUUCAAAUCACUUUGAAAAAAUCAUCAAACAACCUGGCACAGUCUGCUGAACAACUGGGUGCUGCAUCCUGAAGAGUAUUGACUAAUGUAUUGUUUCCGUUUGUUUAAACUUGUUAUUAAAAAUUACAAGUUACUAAUAUUCCUGUUUAUUUAAAGUGAAAGGAUAAAAUGAAUGUUUUAAUAUUGCCUCAUAGUUCUAAUGAUUAAAUUAAUCACAAUUACUAACACAGUUUUCUUUAACUAAAUUUGCCGAAUCUAUAUAAAUCUAAAUUGACCAAAAGAAAUUCCGAGAUUGUUAUUUCUGUUUAUUGUUUCUAAGGAUUACAGCCUGUUCAAUCCUGUUCAAAUCCCUCUAUUGAAACUUCAAAUGAACAAAAAGAGGAAGAUUCAAAGGAAAAACUGAGUUAUCCAUGCAUCCUCUGUGUUACCUCCAGCCUUUUUCAAGUUCAGGCAAAAAUCCAUUUCAAAAACCUCAAAGAACUUGACAGUCAGCAUUGAUUGGGGUUGUUUCUUUCCCCGUUUCCCCCCCAAAAUACUUCAAAACCUUCAUGAAGUGCUGAGGGUUACCAUGAAUUAUGACCUUAUACUCUCAGACUCCCAAGGGACUGUCUCUGGGACCAUUUAAAUACUCGUAAAUGUUGUUCUGUUUAACAAUGAAAAAAUAGAAUUAAUUUGAGGUGUGUUUGUGUGUCUGACAGACAAAUUUCUCAAGAGGAUAAGAACUGGGAACAAAACAUCAGAGAAAUGAAAAGGAAGGUAAGCUUUCAUCCUUCACCCCUGACAGAUUCCUCACUGUGACUGUGCUGCAGUGAUGUUAUCACAAUAAUGAAGUUGGUCUAGUCUUUGAAAAACUCCACUUAAGAGAAAUAUGGUGGGUUGUAUGAUAAAAUAAUACAUAUUUUUCUCCUCCAUAGCACAAAAUUACUGACAAGGUGCUUUUGGUGAAGUGUGUGUCUGUCCUUGGCGUCGUGAUCUUCAUGUUCUUUGUCAACUCCUUCGUUCCAAGCAUUCAUCUUGAUCUGGGUAAGUGCGGCAAUAUCUCAUUAUUCCACAGCUCUGUAGACCCCACCAUAUGGUUAUAGGUUUUGUCAUGUAAUUAUGAGACUCAGCUUCCUCUGGGCUUGCACUGAAAUGAGUCCAAAUAAUGGGCUGACGAACAAAGACAGGUGCAUUUAGACCCCAUUACAUCUCCUCUUCAUGCUUUACAAUUUUAAACCUUUGUGUCAAUGUGUAGAAUAUGCACUUUGAUACAAUGAUAGAGUAUGAAAUGUGUGUUUUUAAAUGUCUUUUGGGAAAUGUUUUUUUUCUGUAAACUUUGCAGACAUAAUUCCUCACUUCUGCACAAGCAAGUGUGAGUGUACCACUUAGAAGAAAUGGCGUAAUGUCACCAGAUAGUCUCAAGAGCGAUUAUAAAAGCACACAACUGUCACACAGUCACUACAAACAAAACCCUGAUCAUCUACAAGAACAAACUGCCAAAUUUAUCUUGAAAAAGUAUUUUAGAGACAGUUACAAGUCAUUUUACUCAUACUUCAAAAUUUCACUCUGAUCAUUUUUUUUUUUUACUACUUCAAGUGUUCUGAGUGAUCUAUAAAUUGUAAUUAUGAUUUUUUUGCCAAAAUAACACAACCUGUGUCAUUUUCAAUGACUUUCCUUCUGCAGAGCUCCAGUAGCUCAUUAGCAAUUCGCCUCUGAGUUAUGGGUGGAGACAGGGCUGCUCUGCACACUCCUCUUCAUGCUAGUUUGUAGUCUAACAUUGUCGGUGUCCAGAAGUGGCAGGUAACAUAGGCGGUAUUCAGCUCUUUGACAGCACUGUCUUUGGGGGCAUAAUGAAACUUAAUAUCAUAAUUAGCUUUCUUAUGAACAUUGCAGUCUGCUAACGCACAUGCUUGUUCCACGAUCGUCCUCUCUACUUCUCAGUGUCUGGCCUGCACAGCGGGGCUGCGGGGGCGGAGCUUGGAGUUGUGAUGUAGGAAAUCUCAUUGUAUCUGACCCUACCGUUUGGGUUUGUGAGAGGUUCACAGCGAUUUGAAUGAAGAAAUACUCAGAAAUGCAAUUUAGCACUUAUUUUCCUCAUUUUAUGUCUUGUAGCAUCAGAAAAAUGCCAUAUGAACAGGUAGACAACAAGAAAAACAUGAUUUUCAUUGGAGAGGGUCCUUAAGGUAACACAUAGGCCAUGUGUUAUGUUAGCUAGAUGAUUAAAAGCUUUAUCCAAAUAACAAAUAGACAUGGAUAAAGGCCUUUAAUCAAGUCUGGUAGCCUUUUUUCUAUUUAAAAUAAAUCAUUAGACGUUUUUGCUAUCAUAGGAAUGUUAAAGUUUACAAAAUCAUAUGUUACAAAAGUGGGCCGUUUAAGGGAAAUAUAUAUUAUUUCCUUUUCUCCCAGAACUCUCUAAAUGAAGUUUUAUUUUGGAGGCUCAGGAAGGAGACACCUGUUGCAUUCAAAAGAUUAAAUAGAUGACACCACACAAGCCUUACAGCAGAUGUACCCUGAUUGAUAUCUUAAUUCACUGUGGACCUCACACAAUAAGCAUGUACUUAUGGUCAGGAAUAAAGUAGUCAGUAAUUAUUUUGCUUCAGUUCCAACAGGAACUUUCUGAACAGGUGUAAUAAAAUAUCUAAAAAACGUUCUCCUGAUAAAUGCUCUCCUGGAUAGCAAUUAUUUCACGCUCACCCACACUCUCUUGAAUGUUGGUCCAUUUUAAGUAAGAGGCACAAGCUUAAACACAUGACAUUAAGUCAUGUGUUUAAGAUACUGCAAAAAAGGCACCUGUUGUGUUGAUGACAGUCAGCUGAUGUUAACAUGACUUUAAAUCAGUUUGCUUUUGUUUCAUUUCCUAUAGUCAGUGUGUCUUGACUCCAGAAUUGGAUUUAGGGCUAUUUCUUGUCUGUCUCUCUCUUCUCACGGUGAUGUCAGUUAUGUGAGCUCUGUGGAGGACCUUAACAGCAUCUCAUUAAUGCUAACACUAUCCCUAAAUGAAGAUGGCCAUCUUCAUACACAUCCUGUCAUCUCUUUCUGUGCUGCCGAGGCCACUCGGCUACCAAACAUGCUCGCCUAAUUACAGUCGCUGCUCAGGUUACCUCUGUGUGACAUUUAUUAAAUGGGAAUGACCCUGCAGCAGCAUGUUUUCUGUCCCUGUGGAGGGACAGGCGCCUGUCCAAACACGGCUCUCAUUAAUGCAUGCAGGUCACAGGCAGGGCUGACUACUGUAGCCAGCAGGGUCUAUUCAUUCACUCUUGUUUUAUGAAUUAAGCCUCAUUAAAAUUGCAUUAACUCUGCACAGUAAGAUUUAAUUUGAGCCUGAUUAUUGCCUGGUCAUUUGAUCCCUCUAAUGUGUCUGCGCUUCUGUGAGUAAAGCUGAGGUUUGGGUGAAAAUGAUCCCUGUAUAGCAAUCAGCAGGGUAGUCAUUCAACAAAAGAUGUUUAAUGAAGGAUUGUAAAGUGGGAAAGACAUCUACUCACAUUAACAGAUUUAGAUGUCACAGGAAUAUUGCUAUAAUUUCAAUAAAUUCAUUUAAGAAAUGUCUAUUUCACUCUUCUUACAUUCCAACUUUUAUAUUCUUGGCAGGGCAAAAGACCACUCCAAAGAGCAUGUGUCUUAUCUGACCAGAAGCUUACAAGACAGCAAGAUACGUUAGUCAGAGCCCAAAUAUUUAUCUUGGCUUUUGUUUUGAUGUACAGAGCAGUUAUAUGAUACUGCGAUGACAUGUAUUUCUUCCCUCAGCAGUGUUGCCUUACAUUUGACAAAUGAGCUUGCAAAGAGUUCACUUUAAUUGGAGAGCUUUUCAGAUUUGUUAUUCGUUGCUCGUGCAGGAUCCAGGCUUAGGAAAUAUGGAUGCAUAAAGGAAAACACCAUUACCUUUUUUUUUUUUGCUCUCUGUUGCGUGAAAGAUUUAUAGAUGUUGCAAUGGUUAUUGGUUGCUUAAAUUAUCAUUACAUUUUUGCAACACAUGGCACUAUGUAAUUUUCAAGGGAGGUUUGAAAUGAAUCCAGUAGAUGUUUAACAGAGUUUACAAUCCAUGCAAAAGCUGUUUAGGAGCUCAGUGAGACAGCUGGAAGCCUUUGUGUAGCAUUACAUUAAAACCAGAGCUGAAGGUCGAAACCAUGACCUCAGUCCAGGGCAUGGCAUGUGUGUUGUUUAGGAGGACUAGUAUUAAAAGAAGUACAAAUGGAAAGAACAAACUAACAGCAAAGGUGAAACACAAACAAUGGUGCAUCUAGUUUACAGCAGGGUCCAUAACAUGGCACAAAAGCGAGAGACUCAUCCUCGAUCAUGGCGUCCUUUCUCCUUUAUCCGGGAAAAGAAAUACUCUAAAAUGGACUUUGUGCUAAGAGCUUCCGCUAACAUCUAUUAAUGAGAUGUUGUUAUUUCACCAGAUGUUUUGCACUAAUCAGCCAUUGCAAUAUGAUUACUGACAGGUGAAGUGAGGAUCACAAAUUAUCUCCUGACAAUGGCACCUGUUAGUGGGUAGCAGAUGCUAGGCUGUAGGUUAAUGUUUUAUCCUUGAAGUUGAUGUGUUGAAAGCAGGAAAAAAGGGGGUGGCUGUAAGGAUGUGAGCAACUUUGACAAGGAUGUCAUUUCAUUGGCUACACGAGCGGGUCAGAGCAUCUCCAAAACUGCAGUUCUUGUGAGGUGUAGGUCUGCAGUGGACACCAGAAUGUAAACUGCUGUAAUAGUUGAAAAUGAUUCAGAUAGGAAGGUGUCAGAUCACACAGUUUGUUGUGUUUGAGGUGCCCAUGCUGACCCCUGUCCACCACUUGAAAUGGGCAUGUUAGCAUCAGAACUGGACCACGGAGCGAUGAAAGAAGGUGGACAAAGGCAACACAUCAGUGUUGACUUGGUCUCAAGUAGGGGUGUCCCGAUACAACUGUUUUUUUAACUUCCGAUACGAUACCGAUAUUGCACCCUUCAGUAUUAGCCGAUACCGAUAUUGACACAAAUUUGUGCAUGAUAAGAUUUGCGCUCAAUAUCUUUUUCGGACUUUAACGAAAAAUACAGCCACACAGCCAACAUCACUCCUACUCCUUGCUACUUUGUUAGUGCCUUAGUACACACUGUUGUUGUGAUUACGUAGGCUCUGAUUAUUGGAUCAGGGCGUCGCUAGAUAGAGGUGCUGGAGUGGAGACUGCUUUUAUCGCAGUGCCGAUAUUGAAGAUUUUAGAUGCAGGCCGAUAUAAUCCAAUAUUUGGUUUUUGGCUAAUAUCAGAUGUCAAUGUCACAUCGGGACAGCCCUAGCUGCAAGGUUCCCAGACCAUGGAGCCUCCUCCUCCUUGCAACUUAGAGGACUUAAAAGAUCUGCUGCAGAGGUCCUGGUGCCGAAUAUCGCAGCACACCUUCUGAGGUCUAGUGGAGUCUAUGUCUUGUCAGGUCAAGGUUGUUUUGGCUCUGACUUGAUGGGGGGUUACAGUAUAAGGCAGGUGGUUGUAAUGUUAUGGCUCAUCAAAGUGUAUUUUCAAGGUCACUCUGCCCUUGCCCUCAGUUUAACACAAAAAUAUCCAGUGUUAUUUGGCCGCAUUUGUCAAUUAUGCUGUUUUUUAUCCUGAUAAAAAGACAUAUCAAAGUUUCCAUCUCAGAUUUGACAAUUUCAGAACAAACACAUGAACAUUACCUCAAAACAAAAACUCCCCUACAGUCUGAAUCUUUUAACAAUCUUCCGGUCUCUAAUCAGCUGCCCCUAACCUUUUUUGUCCUUCUGUUGCGCCUCUCUCUGAAUAAUUUCCAUCAGGCAGCCCAGGUAAUUACGGAGCUGUGCUGCUCACCUGCUUAAUCAAAUUUUCUCCAUGUGGAUGCACAUUCUCCCUCAGUCAAAAACUCCCUCAUUGUAAAUAUGACCGUGUCUGUGCCAACUUUUGUCCUCCAGACAUUAAUGUGUUGUACUUGUGGUAAUUAAUCCUCCAUUAAGACAGACCAUAGGUUCAUUUGCUGUUUCCAACAAGCACCUCACUCCAUGGUGUGAUGAUUGCAGCGGGAGCAUCUGUACCAUUUAAUAAAGGUUGCUUUCCUUUUUGAGGGUUGUGAUUAAAGACAAAUGUAAGUAAACUGAGCAGAUGGAACAUUAUUUUAUACUUUGAGUAAAGAGUCCUCUAAGUAGCCCCUUGUGUCCUGUGUGAUGUAUCUCUUUUUGUCACAGUCCUGUGAGCUCAACUUCUGCUGGAUAAGACCACAUAACUUUUUUUUUGUUUCUGUGAAUAUGUGUUUUAUAUCUAUAAAGGGAAAUGUUUUCUUUUGUCUUCAUUCUCAGGUUGGAUUGCCAUCCUGGGUGCACUGUGGCUUCUGGUCCUGGCUGACAUCCAGGAUUUUGAGAUCAUCUUGCACCGGGUGGAGUGGCCAACGUUGCUUUUCUUUGCUGGUCUCUUCGUUUUGAUGGAGGUAUUUCAGCACGUAUCUUCCAAAUUGAUUCUCUAGAGAUUUUGGACUCUACCAAAAAAGUUCAUCGAACAACUGAUGCCAAACAACAACCCCUGUGUAGAGUGUCCACUUGUCACAGGAGGCAAUUAUUGCAAAUAAAACGUGAGCCAGGGUGGGGUAAUUCAAUUUUAGCUGGACACCCCUCAGAUAAAUAUGACAACAAAACUGUGAAUGAAAACAGGAGCUCUGCUGUGAUGUUUUGACUGUAAACUCUAAAGUGAGAGAAAUUGAGUCUCUAGUUUAUCCCUCUGAAGAAAGUCUUUACUUGUGAGUCCCCCAGUGAAAGGAAAGAAUGAAAAAGCAAUGUCAGCACCAUGUCUGGUUUGUUUUUCCCUUCCUUAUCUCAUUGGUAGAAACACCAGAAAGAGGACCCAAAGGCAGACAUUGUAACACAAACAUUGUAAUGGGAAGGCAAUAAUAAUAAUAAAAAAAGAAUGUUUAAGCAUGUGCCUCAUGUGUGAGGUUACAGUCCUGGUUGUAGUGGUCGCCAAGAUGAAGACUACCAUGACCCUUUACUGCUUGUCUUCCCCCACUCUUUACUCCCUAGAUUUCCUGUCUGUCUUCAGCUGCCCACUUAUUAAAGGCUGAAUACCUCAUAAAUAUUUUCCAAAAAAUAAAACGUCCAUUAAUACAGGGAUAAUAUUAUGCCAAGAGGAAGGCUUUAAACAGGAUGUGAAGACUUGAGAGAUGUAACAUAUCUCACACAGGUAAGCAAUUAAACAAACGAAGACAAAUUGUUCAGUAGCAGGAGUUAAAGCAGCAGACUUACAUAAAAGGGAAAGUUAAGUGCCAAUGUACAACAGGAAACAAUAACAGUAAACAGAGAGGAAUGAAACACCAAACCACAGGGAGUCUUUAUCACGCUCCCACUCUGUGAUAUUCUGUCCUACAUCCCCAAACUACAGUUACCUGCCUGCCAAAUUGGGCUUAUGAGAAGUGAUAAACUAAAUUUACACGCAUUCAAACACAAUGUUCAUGCCUCAAAAGUAAAUUGAUUGGACAUUUCGCCUCACAAAACAAGGUAGUUACAAAGCACUGCUUUUGCAUUGCAGUUAGAGCCAUUAAAGGCAAAAAGCAGCAAGUCAGUAACUAUUACGAUUUUCUCGGCUUUCUCUGUUGUCAUUGUAAAAUUGAUUUCACUUUUUAACUUAUUUAGCUUUUUUAGGAUCAAUAUUAUGAAACAAUUUGUUUUUUUUUAUAUCUUUAUUAUCUACUCUUUAUUGUAUUUUUAGUUCAUUAUUUUAAACCAGCAGAAUCCUAUGUACAUCCUGUUAAACUCACCAAGUUUGACCAUGUUAGACAAACACUGAGGUAACUGAAGUUAUUUAGUUUUAAAUUGUUGCGUAUUUGUAAUGUAGAGCAGACUGGAGAGUCUGACAGAGUCUCAACAAAAAGAUUAUUAACGUCUCCAAACGGUGUGUUGCUGCCCCUGAGGCACAUUUUAUGGAUUUCUAUUGGAUUAUUAUCACUGAUUAAAUAGCAGAAGCACUUUCUAAACUUAUACUUCACAUGUCAGAAUCCACUGAUAAGGACCUGUCUCCUCUGUGCAGCACCUUUGUGGAGUCUCUCCUUGUUAUUGUUCUCCGGGCAUUGGGUCCUCACGUUGCACCGGCACAACCAAUGGCACUCCAUUCGCCAGUGCAACAUUGUGCAAAACUGUACUGGCCCAAAUGAUGUCCCACACCCUUUCAGAAAGGGUACAACAACUUCCCCGUGUGCGCAUGUGCGCAAUGUUAAAACGGCGCUCCUGCUCUGUGGCAGUAUUUCUGGGCAGAGUUAUCAAAUAGGCCUAUUCACUAAGGACACAACAAAUUUAUUUUAUUUUAUUUAUGUCUUAAUCUUUAAUGAAAUCUGGCUGGUUGUUCUUAAUGACAGGUUUCAGGUUUCUAUAUCAAUUAUUUUGAGACAGAUAUUUGCUGCACCGCAGAUCCACACUGACUCAAACUUGCGUACACAAUGUCAGACCUGACAUGAGAUUUGGUCGUAGUGUACGCUCACGUGCAGAUUGAUAAAUGCCGAUCCUCAUAUCAAAAUUUUCGUACGCAAGGUGUAUGCGAUUUUCUGCCGCACGCAAGCUUGAUAAAUGAGGGCCACUAAGUCCAGCCACUGACAUACUAUACUUUGGACAUAGAUUUUGUUAUUACUGCAGUUUCUACCUUUUUUUUAACACCUGGCAAAGUUCUCAAACUCAAAGUAUCUUGGUUAGCCUUUGAAGUAAAUCUAACAUGAUAGUGUUGCAAUCAGAGUAGUCCCAUAAGGAACAGCACACUUUAUGAAUAUAAACUUGGUUUUGUUUUCAGGGUCAAUAAUGAUAACAAGGAUAAAUUUGUCUCUGUCUGCUUAGAGACCACAUCAUCAGAACCAAAUUGCUUUUCAUUCUUUGUUUAGGUCCUACGUAACACUAGUAACUCGCUCUCAGAAAGUUUUCCACAUGAAUCUUCUCCUCUUCUUUUUUCAGGCCUUAGCCCAGCUACAGCUCAUCGACUAUAUCGGAGAACAGACAGCCCUGCUCAUAAAAGUAUGUUUUCUGUUUUGAUUCUUAACCUGAACAAUCGUCUCUUGAGCUCUGUGCAAUCAGCUUAAUUGAUAAUUGUGCACAGGUGAUGUGAUAUUGCAUUGCAUGCAUAUUGAUCCUUUUGUUCUGCUACACUCUGAAUCCAAUUACUUUGUUUACAUCUGAUACCUGUCAGCAGUUGAAGGGAGGGGGGGUGGGUAAUUUUCAGCUAUAUUGUUGCCUGUGGGCUCUAAGCAGGCGAGGUGUGUCUCUGUAGAGAAUUGCAACAGUAAUAGGUAUGUCAGCUCGUGUUUAGACUUUUGGCCUCUAAAAGUCUAAUAAUCAUGCCUGACAGGUCGUGUGUGUUCAUGGGUUCUGACCUGCUCAGCCUCACACUCAAUGGACAACAUGUGGGGCACAAUUACAUGUCCCUCCUUCCCUGCAAAAAGUAAAAGACAGGUGAAAAGAGGAGAUAUUGCCGUCUUUAACCAGGUCACACGUACAGAGGAGAGGGCUAUCAAGAGGCUUCAGAGAACAUCAUGCCUGUCACAUGUGGAGAAUUGGCCUCGCUUUGUGUGUACAGCAGAGACACGAGAUAACACCACCACCUGUGGUCAUGUCACACAUUCAAGCCUCAUUCACUGGCCUCAGCUCCUUGAUGAGAGGUUCAGUGUCAAAGAAGUAACAUAAUUGGCGUGUUUGAUGUAAAUCACUGAUGGGCUGAGGUAGGGCGGGAUGGGCUAGUGCCUCUGAGUGGCAAAGAAAGCUGGACUUAUCUGUCAAUCUUAUUAUCUCUCCUCUCAGGCGGUUCCAGAAGACCAGCGCUUGGCAAUAGCCAUUAUCUUGGUGAUGUGGGUCUCAGCUCUGGCCUCGUCUCUCAUCGACAACAUUCCCUUUACUGCCACCAUGGUAAGAGGUUUCAGCCUGAUGCUUUAAUUUCACACUCUGGUAUAUUCUUGUAUAAUUACACAUACACCCUCAGUAAGUCACAAACAUCAGUGAAGUCAUCAAAUACCUAAUCACUGACAUAGCAUUGGUCUUAAACAUACUCUAUAUAUAAAGAGAGCGAGUGGUUCUUUAAAGCAGUCUAUCUGUGUUUUAGAACCGUCUUUAAAUUUGAUCAUCAUUUAUUGAUUGAGCUUUAACAAACAAAGUGAAAAUUACAUUAAGACUUUAAAAGUCUUUGAAGCCAACUGGUGGUUUCUCUUGCUGUUAAAGUGCUGCUCCCAGGUACUGAAUUUCGAGACCAGGAGAGUCAUAUUCUGUGAUUUCAAAUACACUUGCUGCUGUUUAAUCUUGCUCCAAACAAAACCAUAAAACUCAAAGUUGGAGCGAGAUUACAUUUCUUUACUGCUGUUCAAGGGAGUUGAUGCAUUUAGAGAGGCCACUGUUAUUGAGAUGACUCCAUAAGUCAAACCCAAGGACAGUGAAGUUUGAUUAGUUUGUUUGUGUUAGGGACUGUUUCCAUUAACCCCGUUUCUUUUUGUUGGCAGCACACAUGAAUUCACUUUCAGAGUAUUUCCUGAAAGCACCUGCUAUUACAAGGUCGAAAAAAACUUUGUUCACUUUGUUUAUGCCAGGCCUCAAACAUAACUAAGAAUACAUUGCACUUAUUUUUUAGUUGAAGUUAGUUUGUUAGUGCUCUGGUACUGAAAACUGUUGCUAAAUCUAACUCUCUGUAAAGUAACUUCUGUCUUUAAAUAGCAAAGGCUACAGAGAGACUCUCUCAGACACUCAUGAAUUAUUCAGCUUCUUUCUGUUAGAAAUAUCAGCCACCUCACCACUUCUGCUGUCAGCUGUCUGUUUUGCUGAGAAUUAAUAGAUUGUAUUAAGAGAUCAGCGUUUCAGAGCAGCUGCAGUGUGCGCAAUUAAAAUGACUGAGAGAAAAGAAAAAGAUGUUAUCUCACUGACUGAAUGCAAUGGUGCUUUCUGGAGUCACACCACCAGAUACAUAUUUUUUUAAACUAGAGGCUUUAAAAAUGCUAUGUUCUCUGGUAUUUUCCCUAUUUUUGGGCAAAUGUAUGUGUUGUUCUUCCUGUAAUGGACUUCCACCUGCGACAAUUUUCAGUUCAGUGCUCAGCUGAUAAGAAAGCAAAUCCUGAUUGUCACAAUAGUCUGCAGCAGGGACCUGGGAAAUGAGUUUUUGAAUGAAUACAUUUAGAAGCUUUUUAAAUGCAAUUUUUAAAGGAAUAGUUUGCCUUUUUUUUGUAAAUAUACUAAGUAACUUUCCUGCUAGCAACAGUUAGCUUAUAUUUGCAGGAGGAGAGACAGCUAGUCAUACUUUAUACCAAAGCUAAAAAUGUCUGCCAGCAUCUUUGAAGCUCAUGAAUUCACAUGUUUAAUGGUGUCUUUUGAAUCUUUUCAAAUAUUGAGAGUGGAUCAGUAAGUUUCUUCAUAGACAAAUACUAUUUCUUUUUAGAUUUUAAGAAGACUGUAGACAACAAAAUAUGUUGAACUGUCAAGGGGAGAGGGGUGAUAAAAUGAGGCAAGGCCAGCAGAGGAUAUCAGUGUCAUGGUUUAUAGAGUGACAGUGUAAACAGGCUGGUUGUGGAUGGUUGUUCUGUAUUUUUAAUGCUUUAAAAAACAGGGCGCUGUCCUCAUGGAUGUGUCUUCUUUGUGGUUUUCAUUACAAGGUCAGAAUAAAUCUAAUUAUUUAGUUCUUGAGGGUCUAAAGAAAUUCGACCGUGAGAAACACUGUAUUACAAAGAAAGACAUUUGGUUCUGCACCUCUUGCGGACAAAGUGGUACCUCUUUUUUCACACAUGCAUCAAUGGUGCAAGUAGAUUAAAAAAGUAAACAUUAGAGUUUGCUUUAUUUCCAAUAGUCUGAUUUCCUUCUGUAGCACAAUAUAAAAUUCAAUCUGUUUCAAUAAAAUUUAAGUAUUUUGAUUGAUCUUAUCUCUGCUUUUGCCUCCUAAAAAUUUAGUUUUUUUCUAUUAAAAUUCAUUGAAUUACCUUGUGUAAAAAGUUACUGUUACUUUCUGUCACCCUCUCUUCAAUCAGUUGUUUGUAGGAGCUUUGACUAUAGCUCGCUUUGCAGAAACUUACAUACUAAGACGUACUCCCAUAUAAUGAUGUUGUACAUUUAGCCCUCAUAUUGUAUCUAUAUCCCAAGUGUUAUGUCACUGGCAGUUUUUUCUUCACAUGUGUAAUAGUUGUAGUCUGUAAUGAGAGAGGGUUUGCUUUCUCUUCUGGUUGAUGAAAUAUUGGGUGUUAAAAGGCGAGGAACAGUACAUGCAUGCUCAGUUAGUACCGCUCUGUGAAAAUGAUAUUCACAUCAAUAAUUCAGUCAUGCAAUGUCGAGCUACACCACCGGGAGUCAAUGGACAUACACUCCGCCUCGCUGCACAUGAGGGCUUUAAUGUUUCAUUUGUAGGCUCAUAUCCAGCCCAGUUUUAGUCAAUUCUUCAGAUCAGGCUCCAGUUGCUUUGAGAACAUUUGAAACACUGUCUGCCAUGUGGGUUAGUUUCUAUCUGGAUUAUCAGCUCCUUUAUGUUGCAUGUAAAUCUCGUAGCAUGUGUUUCAUUUCUAGGUUACUUGCAUUGGAAAGUUUCAGAGUAUUCAUGAUAGUUUGUUUUGGAUAGGAUUCACAGUAAGACAACAGUAUUUACCACUAAGUUACACAAACUAAACACACAGACAUUUCUGAUUAUUUUUUAAAAGACUGAAACUUUUAUGUAGAGAUUUAAAUUUUAAGAGAAAAGGCUGCAUGUAAAAGUCAUUUUUAAGUGUAACUCUAAAUUGUGUCUCUACAAACAGAUUCCAGUUCUCAUCAACCUGAGCCAGGAUGCAGACGUAAAUCUGCCGGUCAAACCUCUCAUCUUUGCCUUGGCCAUGGGCGCCUGUCUUGGUGGUAAGCCUUUUUUUAUCCUCUUUAUGUCAUCAAGAAAAAACUAAAGUGUAGAAAUAGAGGAUAAGAUUGUUUGCUUCAGGGAAGUAACACCUUUCAGUGUUCCUUACAGUCACAGGGACAUUACGGACAAUCUUUGUGUGAAAGGUGUGGAUCUCUAUUGAUGGCAGAAGGAGACACUGUACGCCCCAGGUGACAGUCACACUUUGCACAGCUGUGUCGCUCACUGGGGUCAGGCUGUGCUUUUUGUUAGGGCAGUCAGUGAUGCCUCAGGCUCUCUCCUCCACCACACCCGCCAGCCAGCCCCUCAGCCUUUCAGGAGAGUGAGGCUGUGUUUGGGUGGAGGGAACACAAAGAGAGGGAGAGUAAGAGAGCUGUCAUAGUGUUUCAGUUUAAUCAACUGCGCUGUGACAGGCCCACAUCGAUUGGCCCGACUCCAUCACCCACACUGACACCUCUUUGAGAUGUGAGCAGUAUUGAACGCAGGGCGGAUACGAACACUGACUGUCAAAUGUUGCCUACUCUCAUUAAAGAAGUCAAACUUAUACUAAAUGAAGGCUGAAAACUCAAUGAGACUACGGAGAGGAGGAGAUGACUUCAAAGUCAUUAUUUCUUUUAAAAUUGUGCCCAUGCUUUCAAAUAUUUGUGAUUGCAGCAUAGAACAUGUCAAAACUGUUUUCCUUUAUGCUGUUUGUGUCUCUCUAGGAAACGGCACAUUGAUAGGAGCGUCAGCCAACGUUGUAUGUGCAGGAAUAGCUGAACAACAUGGCUACGGCUUCUCCUUCAUAGAGUUCUUCAGGUAAGCUCUGAAAAAGCAUUCAAAAUGAAACAUCAAAAAAGAAGUCCUGAACAGCAGGGCUGAAAUCAGGAUUUGCUCUUCAGGGUUAGCAUGGCAGCGCAUGUACGAGCACUGACUACAAAGUGUGUUUGACAAACUGUGAAGAAAGUGUGACGGAGAAGAUAACUCUGUGCCCAAAGUUAUUAUCAAAAUGAAGCAAAAUACUGUUUGAAAAAAAGAUGACACUAAAUUAAGGCUAAGCAAGAACAGUUGACAUUAAUUUUUACUUAAAAGAUGUUUGAUUAACUUUAAUUAUCUUAAAAACCAAGUAAUUUUUUUUUCUUUUGGAGGCAUGACUUUCACCACAGUGCAGCACUUUUCAUUUGUGUCCCAACUUAGUAAAAGCCAAACUAGCUAGUGUUAGCUAGCUGCGGUGUGACUUGAAGGUCCUCCAAUGCCAGGAUCAUUUUAAGGAGUUAAAACAGCAGUCAUUGUCCCCCUCGGCUUGGAUUGUUCACACAUCCUGUAUGUCAAGACAGCAAUUCUGAUGUGGAGAAAAACAAGUGAGGCCAGUUUGCCCUGAAGAGAUGAUCUCUGCUGACUGCUAAUCAAUUUCUGGAGCAGUAAGAACCCAAUCAACAUGACAACUGCAAUAAAUAGCUGCUUUACUCAUCAUGUCAGUUAGUGGUGAAAUGCGGGACAGCAACUUGGAAAUUAUAAGUACGACUGAUAGGUGGCAUAAAAGUAGCAAUGGGCUAAUCUUAUUCACUGUGUUCAUACAACUUAAGAUCUGCAGAAAAGCUAGAUGUAACUUAAUGUUUAUUUUUUAAGUUACACCUUUUAGUAUUUUUGCCAUUAUUGGACAGGAGGGCUGAAGAGACACAGGAAAUGUGGGGAGUAGAGUGGGCAAGACAUGCAGCAAAGGAGGGAGGCUGGGAGUCAUACCAGCAACUGUUGCAACAAGGAUUUUAGCCUCCGUAUGAGGAACUUUUAUACUGCUAGGCUUCUGGCACCCUGCUUGCUUUUUGACAAAUACGUUCAUCAGACUUGACUUUACCCAGACUGUUAAAGGGCUGCCUUCAUUAUAAUAUCAAUCAUAUGCUUCGCUCCAGGAUGCCGACAAUGUGUACUGAAGUGCUUGAGAAAAUUUAGAGAAAUGUUCAAGUCUCUGAUAUAAAUGACAAACGUUUGAGUGUACCCUUAGUUUGCGUAAUCGAAAUGUAUUACUUUCUGCAGAAGCUGCUUCACUUUGACAUAAUGUGGCUUUAACGCUCAGUACUGAAAAAUUGAGUAGUUUCUCUAAUGCCGUCCUUUUAUCCAACUUGUUUUUGCUCUUGCCAUCAGUUUUUCUCGAAUUGGUAGCACUUUGCACAGUCACGUCAUCUUAAUUAUUUGAUGGGAGGUGAACGUCUAUCUGAACCGACUGUUGUUUUUUUAAUUUCAUUUUGGUUUUCUGAAAAUAUUAAAGAUGCCAGAUAUUAAUAAAAGUGAUUGUAGUCCUCGCAUGAAGUGUGCAUGAAGUUCAAUGAGCCUCGUUCACCAACUGUUCUUCAGAAGAAAUUGAUUGUCAAAACUCGUUUGUGCCAUUUUUUAAAGAGGAUUCUGAUAGUCAUCAAAGUUUUUCUUAUCUGGUCUCUGUUAUUAGCAAAGAACGAAAUCCUUAUAGAUCAAUCUAGACAACACUGUGUGAGUGUGUGUGUGUGUGUAGUGCCAUCCCAGACAAUAGUCAUGACAGUGGAGGGUAACUCUGUGACAGCAGGAUAAGUAGCUGAAAUAAAAAUAUAACUUUUACAAUAUGACAUUUGGAGAAAUAGAGAAAAGAAUCAACCGUAUCCACUGCAUAUUUGUUGAGUAACAUCAUUCCACCAUUCUAGUUACAUUACCAAUCAGUAGCUGCAUUUAGUUAUUACAGAUUUGGUGCAUGUGUUUUUUCAUUUUUUUUAAAGAUAUAUAUUUUGUGCUUUUUCGAGGCUUCAUAGACAGAUGGAGGAUGUUGAAGAUAGAGCAGGAUACAGGGGGAGAGAGCAGGGAUGACAUGCAGUAUGGAGGCCACGGGGUAGAAUCAAACCCUGGCUUCCAUGAGGCUAUCUGCACCCCCAUAGGUGUCUUUUUUCAAGAAUAUUAAUUAUGCAGGCUUUUUUUUUUUUUUUUCUAUUGCUACUAAAUCACUACAUGGUAACAUGCACCUUCAAAAUGAGCUUUAACGAUUUAAAGAACAUUACUGACAAAAUUAUGUUUUUGGUUGCAAAGGGAUGAACUACAACCAUAGACUGUAUAUAGAACGGACGCCGUCUGCCUCCUAGCUGGGUGAAGCCUCCGUGAGGACAGCACCCUCUGGUGACGGGCUGCAUUUUAGGUCAUUAAUUCCGCCUCCUUCAGCAAUCCCUAUGGAGCCGUGGACAAAAUCUAGUAAUUUAUUACACAGAAUAUACAUUUUUCUCCCCCCUGGUUGUGAUGUUGACAUGUAGUUACUGUAAGACUGGUUUCUGCUCUAGUCUUCUUUUUUUCUGUGCAGCUCCAUUUUUAAAAGUUAUUAGGGGGUUUACAGCCUAUGGGCGUACAAAGUUUAUGUAGCUCACCCAGGGGAUACGCUGUUCGAGCUGAGUGUCAUCACAGCGACUCUCCCGCCAAAUGCGUACAAUGCUUCUGCGCAAGUGGUGGUUCCAGGAAGUGGAGAAAAUACUGGAAAUACCGAGAGCAAUUCAGCUUCAAAUUCGCAUAAUGGCGGAAGGUGGAACCAAGUUGUCCAUAGUAUAUACAGUCUAUGACUACAAAUACCAUCAACAGGUCACUCAGGGAGAGGCACAAUGACCGGGAAUUAUAAUAUUCUUGAUCAGCUCCUAGUCUUCUGAUGGGUCCGUAAAUCCAUGUAAAGCUUCCGCUCUCAUACAGCAGGACUAUUUAUGAAGAUAAGGCUGGACAUUGGUGUCAGAAGUAAGUUAUGAAGACAGAGAAAAGUAGAAAAUUGAUCUCCUUAAAAAUAAUUUGUAUCCAAAUGUGCAGAUGUUUUUUGGGGGAGACCACACCGCAAUCAUGGCAGCAUGGUAAUCUCUGGUAGUCCAUCAGAUUGAUGAAUUGAUCAGGAAUGUUGGCCUGCAAGCAUUUAGCAGUUGUUGUUUAAGGUGCUGUGUACAAGCUUACAUUAAACAACAGUAAAGGCUACAAUUUAUAAAAUGAUACAUAUUGGAAAGAAAAUGUAUUCACAGCUAAAAUAACUUAACUUUGCACACAGCUAUUUAAACACUCGUGUUUUGCAGUGGCAAAUUGUCAGGGGGAGUAGGGACGACUGCUGGACUGAAUAUAAAACCAUACUUGGGCACUAACCACCUGUAUAGAAAUGACAUUAUUAUGGUUAGUAAUUGGAGAGGAGGAAAAUCUUGGUUGCUGCCUGCAAGCUUGUAAAGCAAAGCAAGCCAACAUCAAUGUUUGUUUCAUUUUCAUCUUAUCUGAAUAAGAAUCUCUAAAAAUUGCAGGUUUUUUAAUAAUGACCCUAAAAAAUAUCUGCUCUCUACAAUAUCUCACAGUUCUUCUGAAAAAUUUUAAAAGGAUUUUCCACUUUUGUUGCUGAAAACUAUUUUCUGCAUCCUCAUCUGUUUACUUAGGCCACACAGGUUAUUUUUUCUUUGAGGAUAACCUUACUGAGCUCAGAAUAUUUACAGCAGACAUAUAACUUCCUCUUGUUAACCAUCUCAAGGAAACAUCCCGGCAGACAUAAGUUAAUGUCAUCUGGUCUGGGCAGUGAUUUUCAGUUUGUGUCCUCGACAGUGAUGUUAGGGCACUAGGUUUACUGCACAACUGCAAGAAUCCAAACAGUCUCAAAAUGGGCUCUGUAAUCCAAAGAGAGAGGAGUCAGACUCUGAGUUUUAGUGAAGCAUAAACAGUCAAACAUGUGUGCAACUGACUGAAUAGAUACUCAGUGAAACACUCAGAGAAAGCUUGAUUUGAGAACUCUCCAGUGAGUCCAAGUGAUGGUGAAAAAUGUCAUUUCAUUUCAAGGACGGUAAGUGGGCUGCCUCCACAGUCACCACCUGCUCACUAAUAAUUUUCAAUCUGCUGAUGAAACAGACAGACAUCCUUUACUUGUUGGGAAAAAAAAGAAAGUGGUCAGUGGUGUUGAAAGACGGAUGAAUAUGAGUUUGAUUAGGCUUAAUAUGCAAUCACACUGAAAUAGCAGGUCAUUAAAUUAAUGGAAGUGCUUAAUGUAGCAUUUGUCCUGAUGUAAUCAGAAAGAAAGAGAGAGACUGUUCCUGGUAAUGUUUUGUUCUUUAACUGAUUGUACAUUUGAUUUGUAAAAUGAACGUCUGCAAGUGGGAUGAAGUGAAGCCGAGUUUUCAGACUUUUCAUGUCAGUGUCUCUAAACUGUCUGGUGCUCAGGGAAUUUCUCAUGUUAUGUAGACCAUCUUUGCAGAAUGAAAAGAAGGGUAUAAAGUAGUAAAAGUGAUUAUUAUCCAAAACACAGAAUUUAAUCACUGCUGAGAAUUUAAAGGAGUGCUUACACAGGGAGGAGCUGCCAUUUUACUGCAACCUUGCUUUGUGCUCGUGGAUUUUUGUAGAGCUGACCCUUAGAAGUUAGCAUGUCACAUUAUAAUCGACUUUUGGACAUCAGAGCAGGGUGGGAAUCAAAAAAAGUUCAGUCCUGAAAAAGUUAAGUUCUAAGCGAUACAUAAUAGUCCCGUACUGGCUUUUCAGAGUUCUGCAUUCAGGUUUUUACUCCACAGUCAGUUCUUCAGCUGACAGAGGGCAUCAGAAAGUCCCCUGAGCCCUGCCUGUGUGACUUAGUGUCUUAAGGUGUUAAGCCUGUAUUCCUUACCAGGAGCCAUAUCAAACCCAGAUGCCUUAUUCUCUCUAAAACAAACAAACCCAAUAAUCAUCACCAAUAAUCCUUAUUCUUCUGAAAUAGGAACAACAGCUCCUCCUUCUUAUUAUUUGCCAGGGAGCAGACAUUCCCGCUAGGUGUAGACCAAAACUGACCAAAAUCUCAGAAGAACUUCCUGGAUAUGUGGAAGCUAGCAAAAAAUGUUGUUUAAGGGUUCCUCUCUGGUGAAGGUUACCAGAGAAAGAGAACAUUGUAAUGUGCUUGUCAGUGAGUCUGUUCCUUCUGUCCAGAUUGACAUUUCUCAACAACUUAAUCAUCAUCGUUAAGUGUUUGGUUGAUCAUUUGAUUUUGGUUCCACAAUAUUGGCAGGGAAAAUUUGGAUCAUAGAGGUGACAUAUUAACUGUUAUAUUCUUUCAAUCACACAAAGCCAGUAGGUUUACCAUCAUUGAAAACUUGAAAAUGCAAAUGUUUGAGAAGAUUUAAUCAGAGAGAAAUUACCUUAUUUUCUCAUAAAAUACACAGUUAUUUGUAGUGAUAAAAGAAUCUUAUCAAUAUUGGACAGUUAUAGCCUCAAAUAGUUUACAAAACAAAAGUAUUGGGUGUUUCUGUCAUAAUUAAAUUGUCCCUUUUGUGGAACUGCUGAAAGAAACUCCACCAACAGAUUGUUUUUUUACAAUAGUUGAUAAUCAUUGUAAUAAUGGACAGUCGGCUGAUAACUAGUUUUCACCGUGGCCAAAACAGUUGGAUGGGUUGCCAUAAAGAUUGUUUCAGACAUUUGUGUUCCUGAUGGGAUAAAUCUCCAAUGGUCCUCUGAUUCUUCAGCUGCUCUGAGAUUUGUUAUGUUUCCUUCUCACCCUGUCUCAGUGUGUUAGUAAAAAUCAAUCUACCAGAUCGUCAUCACACUUAGUUAUAGCUCCAUAUGUUGACAAAUGAGUUACAGCACUAAAAAGCCUGAGGAUUGUUCAUCAUGGGAUUUGAUUGAAAUGGAUCUGAACUGUUACAGCCUCUCUCAGUGUAGUGGUGUCUACAGUGAUUGGACAGGAGCAUAGCUGGGCUGAAGCAGUGCCUGUAAUUGGCUGUCUGUGUCAGGGGUCACAGCUGUUUACAGAGGCAGGUAAAGGGGACUGAAGUGUAUCUGAGACUCCAGGCAGCUGCUGCUGAUGUAUCAGGUGUUUCAAUUCAGCGCCCAGAUGAGCCCACAGGGACCUGGAUGCCUUUUUGAUAGUCCAUCACAAAGGAAAAUGAGUGGCCCUGCAUAGCUGCACAGUUAGCUAGUUUGGUUCUUGUCACUUCUUUCAUGCCUUGAGGUCUUGAUAGACCUCCUCUCCUCAAACCCUUAACCCAGGGUGCAUAAAGUGCUAACUCUAAAUGUUCCAGUUUAACUCGGUGCUGGCGAUGGGGAGAAUAUUUAAUUUCUAAAAUGGCAUUUAAUUUUGUUUUAGACACACAAAAUCACUGCAGAAGAUUUGUAAUGCCACCAUACAUAUAAAACCAGACCACUCUUUAUUUUCAGAUAUAUUUAAGGAAAUAGGCUCCUUGAUUUCAUAAACCUAGCAAAAACUUAUUUAAGAUUAAAAACAGGCCAAAACAACAACAACAAAAUCAACACAGCAAAAAAGGAUUAUUUCUUGACUGCUGCUCAAUGUCCCUACUUUAUCGAUACUUAAUAGCUGUUAACAUCACAGGGCAUCAGCUGGCCCAGCACUGUAGGCAUGCACUCCAUUUGUAGAGGCUGUGGCCUUGUUGCAAUGGUCACUGGUUUUUGGACUACUGACCACAAAUCUUUGCUGCACGCUUUCCCCUGUUUUCUUCUUCCUGCUUUUCAUGCAUCCCUUCACCUGUCCUUUCCAUACUGUCAAAAAUGCCAUAAUGGUAGGACAUGUGCUUACCUUUUUCUAAUUGUGUGUAACUUUAUGUUUUUGAGCUAUAGAUAUAAAACUUAAUGUUUCUGAAUUUUUUUUUAAUAGAAAAAAAGUCAUUUUAGCAAAAGUUGCAACAGGGUUUUCAGGUGUUCCUGUGGUUUUUUAAAAGUUUAAAGGAUUUUACAUAAACGUGUUUAAUUACUGUCUGCCUCUGGUGGUUUAUAAAUAUCUGGCAUUUAACUUUUAUCCUAACCUUUAACAGUGGCUAAGUUGUUUCCCCUCCUGUGGGCUAAUGACAGGCUGCAGACACACUAGCAUACUGAAACCUUGUUAGCUGAGGUCAUUCUCUUUAUGCUGCUGAAUCCAGAAUGAUUGUGCAAUCAUUGGAAGGAAAGCAAUCAUUAAGCAAAUCUCCCCCACAGAAAAUCUGGCAUCAAAUAACUUAUUUUUAGUUUUUCAUAUUCACUGUGGUAGAGUCCCUGGUCUGCCAUUCACUGAGCACUUUCAGCCAGGUGCAGCAAACAAAUGAAAUCAAAUCACAUUGAAUGUUGUGACCUGACUUGGAAAAAGAGGACUGGUAUUCAUCAUAUUCACACAAUGUGACUGAAUUAAUAUUUCCAUUCAUUCAGCUCCCUGCAUCUGCAAAGGAGACUUGUGCUGGGAACAAUGUUCAUUUGCACUGAAGACUGCAGGUGUGUUCCCUAAUCACAUGCUCUGUAAUUAUGGAACUGUGGUUACAUAAAGGCAGGAAAAAAAAUCCUAUUUGAGCUCAGAGCUACAGGAUAAAUGAUCUGUCCUAACCUACAGCUCAGACGAUGAACAUUGAAGUAUUUUGUGAGUCAAACUGCCCACUGAAUAGCAAAGGUCAAACUUUGUCAGAGGCGGCAGUGAUGUCCUGGUUCAAGCUUACAGACUCCGCAAUCAGACAAAGGAGUCCCUGUGGUUUAUCUAAAGAAAGUCUUUGAGAUUACAUCUGGACUUUCACAGAGUUUCCAUCAUAUGCAGUUAAAUCAAUGUGCGAGAUCACCUUGUUCCUCUCUGUGCUGCAUUGUGACAAGUUUUUCAUCUGCCCUCCGUCCCCUCAUGCUGUGCCUGUGAUGGGAAAAUGGGAUUUUCUCAGCAAAGAGAUUCACUCACGGAGAGGUGACCUCUGCUUGUCUGAUUAUUAUUACAGUUUAGAGAUUCCACUCUCCAUCCAUCUUGAGUGGACAUUCAUUCCACAAAGAUAAAAAUCACAGUGGUCUUUGUUAAUGGUAAUGGGCUAUUCAAAGGCCUUGACCUUGUAACGCUGAAAUAACCACUUUUAUAGUUUUAUGCGUGUAUUAGCUCAGAAAUCAGAGGAAUCUGUGAGCUGUGUUUUAUUUGUUCCACCAAAAAUAUAUCUGACUUCCUUUUAGUCAAAGCAGAUUUCUAACCAAGCCCUGAAAGAGCUGAGCACAACAGUUUAUCAAAUAAGGUAACCUAUUACUGUACCUGAUACUGGACCCUAAGAUGAUAUUAUGCAGAUAAAUAAGCACAACAAUACAGGGAAAGUAUCUAAAUAAUUCCUGUGUUUCUCCAUUGUCUUAAUUUGGACAGGACAUGAGUCAAUGAACACAUGAUAAAACACAUGUGUUCUACUGAUAAGUUAGGGUGACAAUACAUCCUGUGUUUGAGUUUAUAAAAUCCUUCACAUGUCUGGGGUUUUGUUUGGAAGUCUUGAGUUUGUAUAGCGUGGACAAACUAAGUUAGAAGAGUGUGAAAAACACCAGGCCCGACCUGAAAAACCCUCAUGACUCCACCCCACUUGGUAGUGUCCUUUGUUGGGGGAUUCAGAAUAUGGUCAUCCUAGAUAAGUUUCAGUAAUCAGAUGCAUUAUGCCGCCUCUUGGAAAUGAAGUGUAUACUGAAACUUGAAACAUGUUUGUAAGCAUGUAUUGCUUGAGUGAAAGCUACUACACUAGAUAGCUACUACUAGCUGACUCUGGAGUGUUUAACUGUAACUUUUGUGACUUUUGGGUUUUGUGGAGACAAAGAGAAAAAAAAUAAACCCAACAAAGACCUCUUUUAUUUCAAGUAAUUGUCGGAAAAGAAAUUCUUUGUGACUUAGGUGAAGCUGAUUAUUUGUCCUCUUUAUGACAGGAGUUACUUAUCCCAACAGAUUAAUGACAGUUUGGUUUGAGAAAGUUGGCGCUAGCAUUCAAGAUUGGUUUAAGUCUGAAAGUUAAAUUGGAGUGAGUUUAGUAACUCUGGGAUCAUUGGAUAUGUAGAACUGUGUAUCGUCAGCAUAAAGGGAGAUCUGGGGACAGAUCUUAAGUCAACUGUUGUACUUGUGCAAGUAUGAAAAUGUAGAGGUAAAUGCUGAUUGCUGUAUUGCUGAUUUGGGGCAAAUUAAAUUAAGGAUGAAGUCAUUCCUGAUAUGAGGUCUUUUUGUGAUGUAUAGGACAGACUACUGAUACUACAAGAAUUUAGAUUUCCUCUUCAUUGAGAUAAAUACUGGACAUCACAUAUGUCUUUAUAAGCAAAUGUCAUAGUAUUUUAAUGUUACAUUUACCACAUUAUUUACCUCCUAGUAAACCUUUGAUGUGUAAAUAAAAUGAUAAUUACCCUGACUUUUAACUCUCUUCAGUUGGCUGCUCAGAAAGCUUUACUCGAUAGCAAUUUAAAUGCACAACCACGCUGUGUUGAAAUCACUAUUAAUGAGUUUAAGUGCUGGACUUGCCUCAUUAAUCCUUAGUUCAAGUACUGAUUUGACAUGUCCUCAUGCAUAAUGAAUGCAAGCAGCACAAUUCGAUUCAUUCCAGUGUUUAGAUAGUUGUAGCACUAAAUUGCAAUAGAUGGUCAUACAAUUACAUACAUACAUACUUAUAAUUUGCUCUUUAUUUUAGGUUCAUUUGCACCCGAAUACUCGCUUUUUCAGUGUACGAGACUAGAUAUUUUGGAUGUAAAUAAAUGAUAUUUUAAGAUAAGGUUUAGAAAUGUCUCUGAAUCAGAGGAUCACAUUAUAUGAGCAAGAACAGAAACAUGACGCUCAAAGCCCAAAACACUUUUCAGCCACUUGAUGAUAAGGCUCUUCUUUAAGUUAUUGUGUUUUGAUAUUCUGCAUUGGGUGAGAUAGUGACCAUAACUCUGACACCCAUGAUGAAAACUCUGUGGAACCUGGUAUACAUACUUUCAGAGUGCGCUUUAUGAUUUUUGUAAAUAGCUUGAACAAUUUUUGUCUGUUUUUGUGUGGGAACCUAUCAGGUUUAAUUCUUUUUUUAGGUAGUUGACCUUUUACAUCAAAUAACUUUAUGAUAUGUAGGGUUAGGUUUGAUUUCCUCUUUCCCCAAACUGAGGUGGUUUCAUUAUGUAAAUAAGGUUUUACUAUUUGUGCAAGUGCAAAACUCAAACAAGUACUAUUUAAUGUUUCGUAUCAACCUUAAUUUUGAGUGUCACAUGGAGUAUUUCAACUUUGAUAUCACAAUAUUGACCGCAGAGCCUUGCAUUUACAAAACUGUGCCUUCACUGCAGUCCACUGAAACAUUAGGCCGUGGAGUAGGCCAUCCCUUUGGAUAAUUCUGAAGUGCAAAUGUGUUUCGCAUGUUACAAUGAAUGCAAAAUACCUGUUUAUUUCCGUAACCUGUGUGGCACACACUCAGACUAGGCCAGCCACAAAUUAAACAAAUCACACAUCAACAGCAUAAUGGCCAUUUCACACAAAGACGCAAAAAGUCUGUCAGAUCUUGAAAUCUAUUAAGACAAAUGUGUAAAAGAAAGCCGUGUUUAUGCCUGAUGCCCCAGCCUCUGGCCAAUCAAGAAACCCAUUACCCUUUGGUAAUGAUACUCCAUCAUCAUAAGAGUAAUUGGCCAUGCAUUAGGAACAACAUGCCGUUAUCAUUUUGUCGUUAAUCUCAAUAGGAGGAUUAGCACAGUUAAGAAACAUUAAUGUGUGGUAGCUCUGUGUUUAUAGUAAUUUUCUGCUUUAUUUGGUCCUGACUUAUUUAUUUAGUUUAUUAUUGACUUUUCAGACUGCAUCAUCACACACAGCGACAUCUGCUCUAAAUGAUAUUUUAACGAUAUGUGUUCUCUUAAUAUCCCAGUUGGCAGCACUGUAGUUGUGCUUCUGUUGCUCUGACAGAGUUUUAGUGCCGACACAUUAAAUAUUAAGGUGGUUUCUUUUUUCUUUUUGGCCUCUGAAUCCGAUCUGUGUCAGAGACUGAGGGCAAACAGAUCUCUGGCCCUCAGAGCAGCCAUGUGUCCAUAUAGGACAUGGUUGACAUCCAACUGAUGAACCAUCUGCAGAUCUGGAGUCUUCUAUAAGGACACAUUUCAAAUUCAUGAUGCUAAUUGUAGAAUGGAAAACUGAGAAGAAAGCCCUGACCUCUAUUCUAAUUAAUACUACAGUAAUAAGCCACUGGUUGCCACUACUUAACAAAGCAGUGACAAUAAAUCAAAUCUGUCAUUGCAGUGACCUUAGGCUGGACCUCAGCAAAUACAAGACAUGUUCACACCCUCCUAAAACCUUCCAUUGCUCUGUGGUCCAACAUACUUAACUAAGUCCAGAAAGUUGUUUGUGUGGACUCACACUUCUCUAUUUCUGUUCAACAACCCAGCAUUAUUUUUACAUGUUGGUGGUGGGGACGUUACUGUUUUUUCAGUGAUAUGCUAAUGCAACCUAAGUAUUUUGAUGAUUUGGUGGACCUAUGAUGGUAAUGACACGAUGGGUCUUUGGUGCAAAAAUGUAUUAUUAUUAUUUUUUUCAGCCACGGAUGGAAAUGAGAACUAAAAAAUUUCCUCUCCCAUGCAUGCCCAUCAAUCUUUGCACUCUGCUCAUUGCCUUAGAUCUUUUACUGUAAUAGUGGUUGAUAAUACUAGUGAUACGUAAAGCCACUUUGCAGAUCAAAAUUCAGGGGAUGUGAGGAAGAAAAUCCAAUCAGAGAAAAAAGCCUCUGACAGGAGGUUUUACAGCCUCACAUUUUCAAAACGGUGCAAAAUCUCAAAAGAUCACAAGCUGUAUCCCUGGAUAUACAGCCAAAGACCUAUGGACAUUAUCUGUGGUCUACAGCGAAGGACACAGAGGGUUGGUACACAUGCUAGAGCCAAAAUAAAAAUUCUUAUCACACCUAUACUUUAGUCAAACACUGUUAGCAGCUUUCUCCAGAGAGACGAAGGCUGAGGGUACAGCGACCCUUGAGCAAGUAGAGAGCAUCGAAGUCACCUCAGAUACCUCAUCACCUCAUCAUGGAUGGGUGGACUUCCCUUAAUGCUACAUACGUGGUUUUAGUUUUAAGUCUUUGCCUCCUUUUUAAAUAUCCACAUAAAUAUGGUACUCUGAAUGUUUUGUAGAAUGAGAUUUUGAAACAGUGAGAUAUUUAGAAUAUGGUUUAUAUCCGGUCCCUUUUCCUUAAAUAUUACAGACCUGACCAAGUGCAUGUCAUACACAGUAGAGACCAGAGAUCUGGUUUGUAGACCACAGGGGCAUGACAUGGUGAUAAUCCUGAGCAAAAUGGGCCCUUCUGAAUUCUGCCACCCCAAAACCUUCCACUAUGAUUGGCUAUUCGCUCUGUCUUCUUCCUACGUGAAUGUUUCCAAUGCAUUCAGUUAAGUCUACAACAUGCAUUUUUAGUGUAGCUCCUUCUAGAAGCAUCUGUUUCUAUCAUGUAGAGUAUGCCAGCUAACAUCCAGUAGCUGAAAUGUUGAUAACAUUAGCGUUGAUAACAUAAUGUUGUAAAGACUCACUGCCCAUGAGCAAAUGACCUAAAACUGCUCUGCUAACCUCCACUGGUCUCCUCUCUCAAGCUGGCUCUCAAGCUUCAACCAAACCAGCGCUCUGCAGGGUUAAUUUUCUAAAUACUAUAUCACAGAUUUUUUAUAUGAAAUUUUAACAUGGUAAAAAUCUGCCUCCUAAAACUGCGCUUCUGGUGACUGCACAGUAUUUACAGAUUCAUUAUUAGAUCUCUAUCCACCCCAGUCAAAGUUUUUAUCUUAACCGCGCUUUCUAACCUUAGACUCUUUAAAGAUUUUGCUCUGCAGAAAAGUGUUUAAAACCACUUCAUCUUUUUAUGUACCAAAUAUACCAGGCAGAAAAAAAGAUAUUUGCUAACUUCUUUACACUCCGUCCAAGGGAACAGUAACAUGGAUGAUCAAAUCCCUGCAGCAGACAAUGUAUCUGUUUGUGACAGUUUUGAACCUCCCCUUUUUUUCAUGUUCAAGCUUGUGUAUUUAAGACACACAGCAGGAUCCUUGCCAGGGAAACCACUGAUCUCUGCACACUAAGUCCAUUUCCAAAUGUAUUUCGUAGAUCUUAGGGUGGAACCCUUUGGUUUGUGAGUCUUUUUCCUGAAAUUGUCUCAAAAUCCUUUGAACCUCAUUUACAUCCUAAGCCAGCAAUAUCAUUGCAAAACCUAAAGUUUCCUCUCUUUAUGAGCACCGAUCACCUGUCUUCUCUGAGAUUAUUAGGUAUUACACUUUCGAGAUCAGUAGAAAAAGAAAAGAGCCUAUGGACCAUGACAAAAAACCUGAACAAGUCUUAGGCUCUUGUGACCAGGGAGACCCACUCAGCUCAUCCCUGGAAAGGAUUUUCCUGUACAUAAGAAUUAAGGGGGAAAGAACUACUUCACCGUGAUAUGAAUCAGUUUUAGGCCAGAAAAGACAAAAAAGUUAUUAAAAUAAACCAAAACGAAAAAAUGAGCACAAUAAAGAGAAGGCACUUAAAAUUAACAUUAGAAAAAAGGUGAAUUAUUUAUAAAUGCAGAGACUUUACCCCCACUAAAUAAAACAUUAGAAAUGAGGGUCAAGGUCUCUCCAUAGUGCAGCAGUUAAAAACAGGUGUUUUCUAAAAUGACCCUUUAAUUCCCACUCGUUGUAAUUUUCUUUCUAGCUCCAGAACUCGCAGAGAAUUGAAGCUGAAGAGACCUGUUUAUGAAUGUCAGAUCUGCUGCACGCUGAGUGCUGAUUGAUCGAGCUGCUACUGUUGCUCUGCUUGUUUAAUCUGAUAGGAGGUUGUUGUUCGAUGGAAGUCAUGUGCAUCACAGUCUCAAUCACACUUUGGAUGCGACAACCUUGUUAUUUGUUCAACAGGGUGCAAUCUAAGGUAGUGUUAAUGCUUUUUAUUGGCCUAUUUUUCUUUUUUAUACCACAAUGACUUAAUCUCAAUUGCAAUUGUUCGCACAUUUUCCUCUCUGCAUCAUUUACCUCUGGGCUGCUUUAUGUGUGUGCAGAAAAAUAUCCCUUUUAUACAGCAUGGGAACAAAAAAGAAGGAGAGUAAGAAGGAAAAAAAAAGCAGUGGAAACUCAUCAUAUUCAUGACAAGGCCAGUGGCUUUUCAUAAACAAGACUCCAUAGUAGCUGUGUUAGACUUCAAGUCCUGGUGACACGCAGCAGGAACAAGGAUUAAUGAGAGAUUAAUAGAUUACUUUGCAAAGUACAGUGGCAGAGUAGCAGCAUGUUAGGUUCAGUUCUGUGCUAAUAAAGAUUUUGUUUGGUGUAACUCAUAAUAUAGAGAUCAUGUUUAUGAGCCCACCAGUAGUUGUCUGCUUCAGACUGAACUGUUUUAAAAACUCAUUUGUGCCCACCUCAAUUAGGUUUUGAAAUAAUGUGUCCUCAAAAUAUAACCGGAUUGUGCAAUAAUGUCAUGGUUAUUUGUUCCUUUUUAAAUCUUGUUUACCUUAUCUCACCUUGCUGUGUCUUAUUCUUUUUCAUUGUUAUUUAUUGUCAGUAUUUUUCCUUUAACCAUUUCUGAGAGAUUCUUGUGCAAUAUGCAUGGGUUAUGUGACUGUGUCUUUGUUAGGUCUAAUACUUUGUGUUAUCAAUUGGCAGCUUUAUCUGUGCAGCUCUUGGAGUCCAAGACAAAUUUUCCUAAGGGGACAAUAAAGUGUAUUUUAUCUUUAUGUUUACUUAUCUUCUCAUUUUCUUUCUGCUGCCAACAUGUGUUAAAGUUUUCACGUUUGUAACUGCUUGAAAUAAAAACCGAGCAGCUGACGCAGUACAAAUGCAAAGUUUGCGGGACAUAAAAUCAGUGAAAUGAGACAGGGUUUGAUCCUCUACAGCACUUUUACAUCAUAUGUUUUUAGUGGUGAUGUUUGUGUAGGAUCGAGCUGUUUUGAUUAAAAAGGAUUAUCUUCCCCUAAGCAAAUGUUCUUCUUAAAAAUUUUUGUACUCCUAUUGGUUUGACUGAAAUUUUGACCUUUGAGGCUGAGGAAAAACUCUUGUUGUUUAAAUUGCAGGGAAGUCCAAGAUAAUCAUGUAAUUUGUGGAGGCAGCAUGAAACCAGAGCAGAACUGUACAGACUGUUAGUAUGUUUACAUGCUGGUCAAAAACUUUUGCAAAAAAUGUCAACACAUCAGUGCAACUCAACUCUCACUAGAUCAAAAUUCUAACAGUCCGACUAACAUACCUUGAUAAUGUGGUUUGGGAUCGAUUUUCUCUGUCAUGUAAACAGAACAACUGGAAAAAAACUGGCCUGAACAUGCUGAAAUUAAAACAAAAACAAAACAAACAAACAAAAAAAAAAAAAAAAUAUUGACUACAGACAAGCUAAAAAAUUACAAUCAGUGAACUGAUGUUUUUACCCCAACAUGAUAAGUGACCACAUAGCAGCUGGUUUCAAAGGGACCUUAACUAAGUGAGUUGGAUCAGUGCACGCCUGGUUAAUGGUACAUGCCCAGCCCAGUAUCAGAGGCUGACAUAGACUGCUGUCAGUACAGGACCAACUUUAAUUUAGCAACUUGAAAAAGUCAUUAUAAAGUGGGUUUAUAUGGUUAAUGCCUCAUUGUGAACAAUAACCAAUGUCUGUUUUGGUUCCUGAAUCGAUCUGUCUUUUGUCCUCUCCAAACAUUUAAGUUUUAUUCUCUGUCAGGGAUACACUCUCAAUAAAUCACUCAACAUGUCAACAUGAUCAAAAGCUGUUCAAAUCUGCAUCUCAUUUUAACACCAAGAGUUUAGUGUCGGAAUCACAUGCAAAUAAAAAUCACACCAUGUUACCUCCAGGAUGUUCAAAAAUGAAUCUCAUUCGGAGGUGUGAACAACUGCAGCUCUAUGUGCAUCGACUACAGGCAAGGAGACCACAUUUAAGCCCACAACAGCAGAGUGGACCGUGUUUACAGCCUGGACCAAAUACACUUUACAUCUCUAUACUUCUUGUUGUUUCUGAUGAUGACUGUACAGCUUUGAGUUAUUAUAUGACUCAUCUGUGUUAAUUAUUUCAAGACUUAGAAUUAUGUUUUAUGUAUGAGUCAUCAAGAGCAGGCUGCUGGUUUGACCAAUACAGUAUGUGUGCAUGCUGUAGCUGUAUUCCAGGAAGCAAGUUUAUGACUUUGACUUCACUUACUUGCCUGUUUCUUGAUUCGCCAAAAGUUAGUUCACCUUGAAGACUAAUGAACUCUUAAACAAUCUUAAAAACGUGAUAGACCCCACAUAUGAUGGUAAUGACUGAGCAGCUUUGUUUUUAUAGUAUGUGGAGAGCAACAGUACGACCAAUAACCAGGGUCCCUGAAACCCCAGUGACAGACAUGGCACUGCUAGCUGCUUUGCUUUUUGAUAGAUAUUCUAGUUACAGCUAUUGUUCACCUCCUCUCCAUCUCCGUUUGAUUGUAAUAUGUUCAACAUGACGUGUAAACAGCGGUAUCGUUGACACAAAUCAACAGAUUCCUUUUUUUCCCUGGCAUCCAACUAGACUUAUGUGUCAUGUUCACUUUUGUCUUAGCAGUGUUUGUUGUGCUUCCUCCUUCAGUCAGCUUGUUGCCUGAUUUGCUAUCAUUUCAUUUUACAUGGUAAUCCACAAAGUGUGUGCUCUGCUAUUCUCAGGGUUUCCCCUGAGGACAGCAAGGUGGUAAAUAUUAAAGGUGUCUAACAUGGAAACAAAACCUGGUGGUCCAGGGAAAGUAAAAUCACCCCUGAUAUACACCAGGCCACAGAAAAUCAGUCCUCUUUGACCUUUUCGGGAAGAGGGCCCAAAAUCAGCCCAGAGCUGUCAGUAUCAGCAUUUCCAAAAUGGUAGCUGCCAUCUUUGAGUUAGAAAACUGCCUCAGGAACUGUGGGUGACGUCACUUUGGUGACACCCAUGUUUUAUACAGUCUGUGGGCACAUUGUGCCUCAGUAAACAAGUUAUUAAGGCAAAGCAGGAUUUCACAUUAUGUUUGGAGAACUGAGUUUGUGGCACUUUGUGGCACUCUUAAAUCUUUAUAGGAUCCAUAACUAUUGCAUGAAAAAUCCCUAAAAACUAUCUUGUGCCUCUUUGGUCAUCAUCUUCACCUGUGUGUCAUUUUUUUAUUUGCCUUUUUUAUAAAAAGUUAAAUCCAAAUACAACGCUAUCACAUAGAUUUACCCUUUUUUUCUUUUUCUCCUUUUACAGAUUAGGAUUCCCCAUGAUGAUCAUGACGUGUAUGAUUGGCAUGUGCUACCUGUUGGCAACACAAGUUGGACUUAAAUGGAACAUGUAAUCCACAACAGAGCCAAAGAAACUGUUUGAGUGUCUGUGUGUGUGUGUGUGUGUGUGUGUGUGUGUGUGUGUAUGUGUCUGUCUGUGUCUGUGCAUUUGUGACCUCUCCUUCAAGUAGUAAGUAACCUGAUUGGAGGAUCAGAUUACAGGCACUGUUUGAAGCACAGCAGCCAUAUUUUCUUAAAUGUCUUUGACUAAAGAGCAGACCAGCAGGGACCAGAAACACCGGUGCUUUGACCAAAACGUGAAACACAUCAUCCAAAAACAUGACACAUAAGCUCUUUGGGACUGGUCCACCAUCAGUCACCUUGUUGAGUUCUACAAACUUUGCCAGAAACUUGAACCUGUUUGUCCUCAGCAAAGAGUCGAUCCAAGGGAAGGAAAUGUAUCUUUACUGAAAAACAUGUGCCCCUCCACUACACUGUAUAUGGUGCUACUGCCUCAACGUGUUGAACUGGUGUAUGUGAUUCCAGCUUUGGCCACUGGUUGGAAAUCUACAGCGUGUGGUCUGUUUACAAAAAGCAACAGCUAAAUUAUUGACACAUGUAUCUCAUGAUUUGCUUUAAUAGAUAUAUUAGCACACUGAUUGAUUUGUUCAGCACUUCACCCGUGGUUAACCAAACUUCUGUUGAUAUUUUAAAGGAACAGCAAUACCCAGUGAAAGGGAUUUUAUACAGGUUAAUGUCUAAUAUAUUUGCCAGCUGCCCAAAUCUCAACACCUCGUGGAUAAAUCUGAAGAACAAAUACAACAUCCAUUAAAUUGGAAAAUAGUGAAAUGAUCAAAUGAACAGAUGUAGACUGUUAUCUAAAGAUUGUAUACUAUCUAUUGUACUGUGUACACAUUGAUCUCAUGUAAACUCAAUGAUUUAGUUCAGUUAGUCAUAUUUAAUGUAGAAAAUGUUGAAUCAUGUAAAUGCUCUUAUGUGGCCACACACUCUCUCUCUCCUUGUCCUGUUGAAAUGAUUUCCUGUAUUUAUUGUACAGCCUAACAACUUGAACAUCAUUAAUGUUUCAUUGUUGAGACUCUCAGAACACUCAGGCAGAGAUCAACACGAACAAUAAAGCUUAUGAUGUUUCUUGUUUUCAUUUGGCUCCUGUUGACUUUAUUCUUCUUUGUGAACAUUUCGCACCAUUUUCUCAUAAAAUCCUCCUUUUGUAGAAAUGUCAUAACAGUCAAGUAUUACACCAUUUGUUCCACUAUAGUACAACCCCAGCACCAAAAAGUCAGGACUAAGUCUGCAAAUUCAAAGUAUUUUCUGUAAUUGAUUUAUUUGGAAAUUUUUACAGUGAUUUAUCGUUUUUAUGUUGUAAAACUGUAUUUUUCAAGGACAAGUCAAUCCCAAAUGCUUUUGCCCCUAAAUCAUGUAUCCUCCACAGAAACUGACAUGAUCGUACAGCUACAGAACAUAUAAAGAGGCUUAACAUGUGAUAUACUGUAUAAACACAGAGCAGUCAUAAUCUCUGCAGUCAUAUGCAGAAACAGAGGGAGAAUCUAAAUCCUUAAAGGUCCCAUAUAAUGCAAAAUUUACUUAGAAUGGUUUUCUAACAAUAAUAUGCAUCCCCAGCCUGUCAACAAACCCCCUCAAAAUUUGAAAAUUCUAUCCUCUCCCUCUCUUGCUUGUUCCACCUUUCAGAAAAUGUCUGCUAAAACAAGCAGAUUGAAACUUUCGCCUUUCAUGAUGUCAUGAAUGGCGAUAACUCCCACCCUCCUGGUUUGUGACCCUGCCCAAGAUGUUUGUUCUGACCCCCGAAAAUUUCCACUCAAGACAUUAUUUUCUCCCUCGCAAAUGCUGGUUUGAAAUGGCGAAGGUACGAGCGAGGCACGACAGUUGCUCUGUUGUCGGUUGCACAAAGCACCACAGAAGUCGGUUUCCAUAGACUGCAAGAACAUAGUCACCAGAGAUAACUAUACUUACAAUAUUGCGCAUUCACCAAAAGAGCUCCAAGGAACAAGAAGACAGUGGAGAGCUGGAGCUAAUGUUACCUAGCUACAUGUAAGUCACUGUGUACUUAUGCACGAACAAAGUAAAAAGAAAAAUAUGGAGACACAUAAUAUUUGUAAGUAACCAUUCAGAAACGUCCUGCUGCAGUCACAGAGUUGGAAUUUCUUCAGGAGCCUCUCCUUCUGGGUCAGACUCUGGAUCAAACUGGUACAGCUGGACCACAGCACUUCUAUGAGCCAUACCUAACACUCUUUGUAAACAUUAGCGCAUGGUACCCAGAGCAGUGGAUUAAUCAGAGUAGCGACACUCCCAUAGGCAUACGCUGUACAGCCCGGCGGACCCCACUUCCGGGUUAUGGAACUCUCAAUAGUUCCAACAUGGCCGCCUGUCACGUCGGACGCCGUUCGCUUCUAUGGCCACAAGGCAAGCACUCACCAAGGUUAAAUGAUAAAAUAUCAUCAAGUUUAAUGCCAACAUGUGUGUUAUUGAUAUCGAGGGGACCCCUUUAUAUGUAAAAAUGUAUGUCCCAAAUGUAAUUUUUUUUUUUUUUGUCAGGAAUUGGGAUCGAUUUUUUUAGCCACGGCUUGCUCCCACACUCCCUGAGGUAAAAUAUUGUAUCAAUGAAUUUAAUGCCAAUACGUGUGUUAAUGGUAUCGAGGGACCCCUUUAUAUGUAAAAAUGAUUUUAAUUUUAGUAUGCUCAAAUUGUAAUUACAAAUGUAGUUAUGUUUUUUUAGUUAGGAAUUGGGAUCAAUUUUUUUUAGCCAUGGCCUGCUAGUUGGACGUCGUCAUCUGUAGAGGCGUGGCAAAAUUUAUUGUGUGACUGAGUUAUGAAUCACAGAUAAAUCAUCAUCAUCAAUCAUAUGUUGAGAUGGUUACUUAUGGGCUUUUUUUAGAUUUUAGCCUUUAUCAGUACCCAAUGUUAUGUGCAAUUUAUUCUUUUUAGACUAACAAAAGUGCUAUGUAAUUUGAUUUCUGCUUAUGUAUACCAUGGGAUGAUAGAGUAAAGGGACUGCUACUUUUUAAAUUCCGUCAGCAUUUAAGGCGUAUGUUUAACAUGGAAAAGUGUUAUGCAGGCCAUGCUGCAAGACCAAAACAUUGCACAACUGUUCAAACAGCUUGUAACACCUGUUACUUACAACUUUAUUGUAUUACUUUCUCUAAUUAAAAAGUGACACAUGUACCACUUUAUGAAUGACAUGCUCUCCAACCCAAUCCUUUUCAUUAAAUCAAAUCUAUAUGAACUUUGAACAGGCAAAAGAGGAGGCCAAUGAACACUGCUUCGUUGGAUUCAGCUGCUUGCAGUUGCUGCUGCCGCUUGCACCUGGCUGUGGCACAGGACUACAGGGGUCUGCUGAUGGUGGAUGAGAUCUGGAUAAAUCCACCUUCUCCUUGACCUGCAAAUUGAAAUGUAAAUUAUUAUCCUACUCCCUUAACACAAACUGACAUGAGGUUGACAUUUUUAGGUUGUUUUCCAGGUGCACCUCCUGCCAGGUGGUAGAGGACACAGGACCUUGUUUUUGUGAAGUCAGGUGGUGAUGCUGGGUCAUCCAGCUGCUCCAGACGCACCACUGGAGGAGGACUGCAGCUGCUUCUCUUUGAGUCCAGGAAGUCUGCCAAAUUGUCAGAUCCGUCAUCCAGGUAACUGCUGGUAGGUACUGUGGAGAGGAACUGUCCAACAGUGACAACUCACAGUGCAUAGUGGAACUCUGCUGGUGUUGGGACAGGGUUCAUCUGACGAAUACAAGAAAAGGUGUUCUCCAGGCAGUCCUGUGUAAACCGACUUGUGAGAACAAAUUUGUGCCCUUGGCUCAACAGGUCUUGCUGGACUUCCAGGAUCACUCUUGUGGCCAUCACAAGUCCUGUCUGAGAGUAAGUUUUUUCUGCAUGAAAAGGAGCUGAUCAACAUGUUGAGGAGAAAGGCAGCUCCUUUUUGCUGUGACUACAUCACCAGUGUUGGAAAAAACCCGCUCAGACGGGACACUGGUACCAGGUACACAAAGGUACCGUUUUGCUUGGUGGGCCAAUAGGGGAUAAUGCUUUGCAUGUGCUCUCCACCAUUUGAGAGGAUCCUCAGAGAGUGGAAUGGGUGUUAGAUCCUUGUAUUUUUUUAUUUCAUCCUGGGCCUUUUCAAGUACAGUUUUCUGGGUUACCAUCUCUUUUAACAUGUAGGUUGACCCAAGGAGAGACACCAGCGCAGAGGAUUCCUUUGGCUCCUUUGGUGGAGUAACAUCUUCAAUGGGAUCAGGCACAGCUUCCUCUGUUCCACCAAAAGCAGAAGUUUGCUGUUUGAAAACAGGAAUAAAAUUAUUUGGAAAAUCACUUGGUACACAAUUUGGAAUACAAUUGCUUAAUAUUAAAAUAUUAAAGACAAAUCACAUUUGAAUUGAAUACAGUAAGGUACAAAAACUAAGAAAUUAGUUAUUGUGUGUCUUUAACGUACAUUAGAUGCCUCUGCCUGCUCGACACCAGCAGCUUCAGUCACCAGUUGGGAGAAUGUGUGGUCCAGGGCCUUAUCAUGCAAGAAAGGCAAAGUCUUGAAAUGAGGGUCUAAUGCUAAAGCAACAUAGAGCCUGUCCUUCAGGACUACAUGCUUUGAAAAGAUAUCACAUUUUUUAAUCAUGUUAUUUCAUAGGAUAUUAAUGUGCAUGCAUGCACACACCUCACAUUUUUUAAGCAUACCUGGAGUUCAGGUUGUUGUAUGCAGCUGUCUUGAUCGCUUUGAUGAGUGUUGAAUCUUCGGGGACACAGCGCAUCUCCUCCAACAGUUCUGCAUGCAAUGGUGCAAUGAUGAACAGAGCCAGGGACGUUCCCUCAGACAUGGCAAGAGUGGCUGCUUCCAUUGGCUGAAGAGCUUUAACCAGAUCUUCUGCUACUGUUAUGUCCACUUCUGUCAACGUGCAGAGAUCUGUCUUGUUUCUGCGCACUUUAGGUGACAGUAGAGCUGCUGAGAUUGCUGAUUGCUGCUCGAGGAACCGUUCUAGCUUCUCCAGUGAGCUGUUUCAUCGAGUCACCACAUCAAUCACCAUCUUGUGUACAGGAAGCUCCUGUACCUUUUGCUUCUCACUGAGGAUGCGGCUUGCUGUAGUGGUACAAUGAAAAUAUGCGGCAAUGCGUCUGAUUCUGCAGAGCAAGCGCGCAGCUGGAGGGACUUUUAGCGCAGUUUGCGAAGCCAAAUUAAGAAGGUGCGCAAAGCAACCAAUGUGCCGCACGCCCACAAUCUAUUUGCAGCAUUGUCAGUUACAAUGGCUGGCACUUUGUUUGUAAGCUUCCACUCGCCUAUCGCAUUGAGUAAUAGGUUGCUGAGAUUCGUCGCUGUGUGGCUGGUUUCCAUGGCUCUUGUUUGUAGAACACGGCAUGUGAGGACCCAGUUGUCGUUAAUGUAGUGAGCAGUAAUGGUCAGAUAUGAAUCUGUUGCUCUCGAUCUCCAACAGUCUCAAGUCAAUGCCACACUCUCUGCCGACUGAAGCAAAGUUUCGAUGCUUUGUUUCAAACAUGCAUAUAUGUUUGGAAUUGUCACUUCACUUAAUUGUUUACGAGUCGGCAAAACAUAACGUGGCUCCAGUGUUUUCAUGAGACUUCGGAAACCAUUGUUUUCAACGAUGCUGUAAGGUCGAAUGUCUUUGCAUAUAAAAACUGCAAUAGCCUCAGUUAUCUUCCAUGCACGUUGAGAGUUUGCCGGGGGGAUCAAUACCUGCUCCAGGCUAGUUUGUUUGAGCCGAGUCCAACUGUUUCUGGGUGAUGUCUUGUCAAAUGGUUGUUGAGAUUUGUCGUAUUCCCACAGUAUUUCACUGCUCCGUUGCAUACUUUGCAUAUUGCUUGGUUUUUGUCAUCCGCGUUGUUCUCUCCAUCCUUGUCAAAACAAAAAUACACUCAAACAUAAGCAUAAACCUCGCCGGGGUCGCCACUAACGCUGUGCUCCCUUCCGCCAUGUUUCCUUCUCUUGCUCCAUUGAAAAGCUGUGUUGACUAGCACGGCUGUUAAUAACAUCUCGCGAGAUCGUGUUCCGUGGAAAGCCCCGCUAAAUGCUAAUCUCGCGAUACUGCCAGGGUUGAAACAGGCUGUUCUCUGCAAGUUAAAAGAUCGAUCUAUGGAUUUAUGAAUCGAUGUUGGACAAUAAAAAGGCAAAUCGAUUCAAAUCGAUUAAAUCAAUUUUUUCAAUCCACCCCUACUGAUACUGAAUUAACACCCAUAGUUAGGAUGCUGUGUGAAAACAGUUGGUCUGAUCAAAAAGCCUAGGGGAUUAUUCGGCAGUCGUUAAUAGAUUUUUUAAAUAGCUAUUUACAGACUAUUUAAAGAUGAUACCAUAGAAAAAUUUAUACAUAAUCAGUGUUUUUUUUUUUUGUAUCAUUGAGGCCCCCACCUCUCCGGAGAAAUAUGGGCUGUUAGCUGGCUUUAAUUGUCUGUUUCUAUUAAAAUGACUGUCCACCCACAGUUUUCCUCUCAUGCUUUUGGCGUUCUUGACAUCUUAAAAAUGUUAAAAAUUCACAAAAUAUAAAGUAGAGGACACAGAGGUUAGUGGAUACUCAACAAAAAUAAAUGACACCUCUAUAACAAAGAUUUUUCCUGGCUGGGGCUGUAUGGCGAUCGAGUGGAUUUCUCUUUUCAUGUUAAAAGCUUUCUGGUACUUCACAGUGUUUCCUCUGAAGUUUCACUGUUGUCCCGCUGCCUCUUGCACAGCUCUGCUCUUACAGUGUUUAUUGGCAGUGACUGAGAGUAAAACUGACUUUCAUGUUGCCUUUAAUGAGUGCGGCUUCAUGCCAGCUAAAAUACAACUACGCGGAUCGAUGUGUGCAGCUCCUUCAGGACUGUUGUUUUAUAAUCAAACCCUCAUGGGGUCUCGACUUGAAGAGUGGAACCCUCCUGUUUGUUUCAGUCAUCGGAAAUCUGUUUGUGUUGUCCACUUUGUUCCUUUCAGAGCCGGGCUGUUGAUCACAGCCUUAACUUGUUGCUAAUGAAUUAAACAACCUUCCACCUUUGAAAACCUGUUCGGUUAUGCAUCAUGAAUGUUUUUAAUGUGUUCCAGCAGUUAAGGUAAUUAAUGGCUUUAAGUUUAAACCUCAAAGUUUUAUUCUUCUGCAUCAAGAUAAACUGCAACUCAGAUUAAAAAAAAGAGGGGGAAAAAAGGUUUUACAGGUUUAGAAUCAAAAAUUCAUCUCAAUGCAAAUUAUGGUCCUGGACGUCUUUCUCAUCUCUCUGUAACAUCCACUUUUCCUCAUUUCAACCAGACUACCUCACUAUCUCUCUUCACUGUGAAGGACAAGGAAUCAGAUAUUUUACAUCUCUUAGUGAAAUAAAUGGACUAAAGGCCUCAGAGAUUAGACGGAGAGCUUUUCUGAUGAUUUAUUAAAAAGAUGACAUCAGCCCUAUCCUUUCAGGAAUAGAAAAUACAAGAGCCCACAUUAGCAGUCAUACACCCCUGAAAAAACUGAAUACCCUAAAAAUGCCUGAUUUAAAGCCCACGUGGUGGAUAAAGCAGGUUUAAGGUGCCCUUUAGUGGAGAAAUGUUAGCCGUAACUGGAAAAAAUACAUGUGUAAAGUGCCUUUUCUUUAGAGAAAAUGUGAUGGUAAUGCAGUAGCCUUUAGAGUUCCCUUCUAGUGGUUUCUCAGUGGUUCAUCAUUGUGAUGGGGUGCUUUUCAGGGGUCCAUAAUAGAUGAGAAAACUUCACAGAUUGCCCUUCAUUGUGCCC